GACGGCAACCUGUCUCGGAGCCAACGAGGCAGCCACGCUCCUCAGGUCUCCUCCUCAGUUCAGAGACUUGGCACAGAGGGAGAUGCUCGGGCUCGGGGGGAAACCGCCUCCCCCCUCCUCAGUGACCCCCUAGCAGCCUGAGAACUCCCCGCCCGCUCUCCGCAGAUAGUGGCAGUGGGGAAGCGCGUCCUCCCCAGUUGCCUCUGGGCAACUUUUCCAUUAGCCGCAGAGAGGGAGGGCUGCGUGCGAAUCCACCCCCCCCCCCGCAUCCCGUUCCUUCCAGGUUCGGCCUCUCCCAACCUGGCCAGAGGCUGGGGAGUAUCUAAGGCUCCCCGUGGAUUAUCAGCUCCCCGCUCCAGGCAGGAGCAGCAGGAGGCGGCGGCGGCGGCGGCGCUUGCCUCCAGCGGGCUGGCCGUCUUUGCGCUAAUAGCCGCCUCCGACACAUUCCCCUCUGCGUGCGAGUGUGCGCGCGCGCCAUGUAAGGUUGAGGCGGCUCUACUACCUGCAUUACAGUAGCACCGGCGUGAGAAGGGGCGGAGGAGGAGGAGGAGGAGGGGACAGAAGGAACCUGGGAGGCAGGCUCAGCAUUGUGCGCGCCUCUCGCCGGAGCCAUUCGACGGAGAGGGAGCUCGGCUGGCGGCACAAGAGAAAGCCUGGCGGGGAGCGUGGUGGGCUUGGCCCCGUCGAAGGAAUAGCGUCGGUCUUGCAGCUCACGGGCUCCGGGAAACUUGCCCGGCGAAGGGGAAAGAGGGGAGCCGGGUCCGCUCCUGGCGGGACGGGCAGAGCCAGGAUCGACGGGGCUUUCCGGCGCCGCUUGCAACACCUGGAGGACUCCAACUCGCCCCCCGCCCCCCCCCCCGUCCCUAGCGCCGCCUGGCUGAGGAUGCGAGGCUCCCGCCCCGCCGGCUGCCUCGCUCUCGCCCCGCGGCCCGCCGCGGCCCCUCGCCCCGGCCCGCCGUGCCAGCUGCUGGGCUGGGCGGGGGGUUGCUGAGCUCUUUGCAUGGGGCCGCUGCCGGGCUCGCUCGCUCUGUCUGUCUGCUGCUGCUGCCGGCGGCGGCGGCGGCGGAGAAGGAGGAGGAGGAGGAGAUGCCCAGGCAGGAGCUGCCUUUGCCCGAGGGCUGGGAGGAAGCUCGCGACUACGACGGCAAAGUCUACUACAUCGACCACGCCACCAAGACCACCAGCUGGGUGGACCCGCGGGACAGGUGAGGCAGGACGAGAGAGAGAGAGAGAGCCGGCUGGCCGGCUGGGAGGAGCUUGGCUUGCCAGGCGAGGGCAGCAGGUGCCUGAGCGCUCCCGGGCCAGGAGGGGAGCGACUUGGGGGCGAAGCGUGCGCUUCCACACGCCUCCAUCUCGCCCCUCCUCCAGCUCCGCGCGAAGCUAGUCAGCGGGAGGGGUGACUUGAGAGCAAGAGGGACGCGAGGAUUGGGGCUAGCCGGAGGGAGGGUGGGCUCGAUUGUUUUCAAUGCUUGGUCUCCGCUCUGGAAGAUGCGAAGUUGUAGUACAGUUCAGAAAGGGGUUUCUGAGCAUGUGCAAAGCGCCUUUCCCUCGGCCCUUAAAUUACUCUAGAUUUGACGCGCGCGCGCACAGACAGUGGGAAGCGUUAGCCCCUGGCACCUGUGUAGUUGUAAAUGGCUGAAAGACACCAUGGGAAGGAGACCUACUCUAGCUGCCUGCCUUGUUCACAUCAACUUGCCAUAUGGGACAAACCACUCACAUGUAGCGUUUAGUACUCAUAAGCUUUCAGAGGCCUGGGAGGGUACACUGCUGGUAACCUCAAGCUAAUUGUAAGUAUUUACUACAUUUUUCUUAGACCUCUGCACACACUUUUCUGGUAGUGUGCAUUAUUUUCUUUAUCGCGCCCACAUUUUAUUCCCCAACCACCUUGUGAGGUAGAUUAGGUUUACAGUGUGUGCUCCCAAACCACCUGGUGAGUUUCAUUCCUGAGCUUUGUAGUGAACAAAAUUGUCCCAGAACCUGUCAUUCUAGGUGCUUCUCCAUUUAGUAGAUGCAUGUAUAUGAGAUAGGCAUGUGUGAAAUGUUUACAUGGCUAAGCACUUUACUUGUGGCCUAUAUCAAGUUUGUCUCAGUCCUAAACUGAACUGUACAGGUGAAAAGGCUUCUACAGACUUGCCACAGUUCUCUUUGCCUUUCCCAUUUCACAACAGGAGCCUGACACCUUUCUAUUUUAGCCUUAAGUUGUAAAAAGGCAAGGGGUGGGGAAGUUAUGAGAAUCAAGAAGAGUCUUGUCCUCUAAUUCCAGAAAUAUGGCGUAGCCAGUGCUGUGGUUACCUGGUGCCCAGGGAAAUCUGCUUGGGAAAUCCACUCCCAAAUCACACUAGGGACGCUUCAUUCUAUAUUAUUACAGCACAAGUUCUAAAGCUCAGAAUCGGCAUGAAACUUUGAAAUGCAGCAUACCAGUCUCUAUCCCAAGGGCUCCAUUUUGCUGUCCUGCUGGUGGUUGUAGCGACUGCUUGCUAAUAGUUACCCUUACCUUUUUGCAUUUUGUACAGUGAAUCCUGACACUUGAAUGGGUUCCCAGAUAUUUAUGUAAAUUGAAUGUUACCUGGAAUGAUGCUAGUCAGGACUAGCUCCUUCCUCCAUUUUUUAAGACUUGUCAGAACACAAUUGCACCUGCUCAACUGAAGGUGUGUCUCAGGAAACUGGAGAAAUCAAACAGGUGCAUAGAACCUGUCAGACUCCUUGGUUGCUACAUGCUAAGCCAAUUUAGUUUAUUUUUUUUUAGGAACAGCUACAUCAAAAUUUGCCACCAGGAACACAAUGAUCUAUUGCUUAUAGGAGACUGUUGCCAAAAGCAAUGAUAAAUCUCUGUGCAACUACCUAAAAUCACUUGGUUAUCUUGCAGAUUGCAUGAUGUAGACGUUUUGUGAGGUGUACAUGUUGGUUCCUCACUUGCCCCACUUCUGAAACACUUUCUUCAGAUGAAAACACUUUAGGACAUCCCUGCUUAUCUCUAUUCUGAAGGCACCAACUGUCAAAUCAGUAUAAAAUACCUAAGUAUGAUAGUCUUAAGCAGUGCUUUUUUCUAAAAAAAAAAUGUUUAGAGGUACUCUCAUUUUCCUACUCAUAUUGAAAUACUGCCCCUCAAUAAGGCCAAACUUAAAUUCACAAAAUGUUUAGGGGUAUGCGUACCCCUGCCUCCCCACAGAAAAAAUGUACUGGUCUUAAGUAUGCAUAUAUGGGUUAAGGUUCUGUUUGAGAUGAAAAGAAAAUACUUUAACGUUUAGAAUCCUGGAAUUUGUUCCAGAGCAAGAUGAAUGGUAGGAAGUGUAGAGCAAAAACUCUGUAAAUUGACUGUUUUUGUGACCAGUAUAAGAUCCUAUUCUAUUUUGUGUUGUACCUCACUUUAUUGGGCCAGAUGAUAGUCUCGCCAAAGAGUUUGAGAGUGGAGAAGCUUUGUAGAAUUUCUGUCGUGGAUACAGUCUUCACACUGCUCUUUGGUCACAUUCAUGGCUGACAAACUUUUAAGUGUUUAGUAUUUGGAGAUUUAUUUAUUUAUUUAUUUCCUUUCCGGGGAGCAGUUUGGGUGUGAGUAAAAACAAGUAUGUAUUCUUGGAAAUGUAAUGUUGCUGUACACAUUUGGGCAAAGCCCAAAUAUCACAGAUUGCCACUCCCAGAUUGUAAGAACAGAAUGCAGGUAAUUUGGUUGCCUCAUUGUUUUUAGUUGCAACAGCAUAACGUCUUUGAAGGCUGAAAACCUGAAAUUUGGCAAAGGUUCGCUUUGUGUUUUAAUUAAAAGUGUUGGAAAUUAAGAUUUUAAUAGCACUAUAAAAUACUCAGGUGCAGAACUAAAAAUGUGUAUUUUGUUGUGCCUUGCUACUCUUUCUUUAAUACCAAUUUAAUUCAGAAAACCUUCAAAAACCUUAUUACACCAGUUUUCCUAUCUUAGCAAUUAACUGCAUUUUGAUUCUAUAUAUGCAGACAAAUGUUGAUUUUGUUGAGAUGUACAAAAUAUCAUAGUGUUUGCUUCUAAAGUUAAGCAAUUAGAACAUUAAUGUGGGUGCUGGAUUUGGAGCAGCUGUGCAGGAUGAACAGUCCAGAACAUCUGGAGGGCUCCAUGUUAGGGAAGAGUGCUCUAAAUAAUUUUUGUCUAUUUAUUUAUUGCUGAGUCACUUAUUGCUUUAUUUUUUUUCCUAUUUCCAAUUCUCUCUCUUUUGACCUCUUCUCUGUAAGUUUUAAAGUUCAUGGUACUUCUGUGAAAGGUAUACAGUGCAUAUGGUACAGUGUAGUGUAUAUGAAAUUUUAGAUAAUACUUAACUCCUUUUGCAAAAGAUUGCUUCUAUCCUCCUUCCAGCAAAGUUAGGCAAAUAUUGUAACCAGGCAUUUUUAUUUUUUUAUUUAUAUAAAAAUAUGCCUCAAAUAAAGAAAGAUUGAUCCAAAUAUAGCUUUGUUUUUCCAUUAAAAAUACUAAUCGUGCAUGGGCAAGAAAUUUCAGACUUUGUGCCUUGUCAGCUCACAUGUCUAACUGAUCUUGCUUUGAACUCAGAAGAAUUUUUAAUCUUGUGCAGCUUAAGCUUAAUGAACAAUUAGUUUUCAAAUGGUACUGAAGUAAUGUAAACAACUGAAAGACUUGUGCAUAUGUGGUGUGGCUUCAGAAAUCCUGUUGUCAAUAUUUUGUACUAUAACAAAUACCUUGAAGGAACACUGCUGUGUAUUUGAUUUCACAGGGUGGCAGUGCACCAGUUUCUCUGUUCUUGUAGUUUUAAGGUGAUCUAAGAACUUGUAUAGCUUCAGUCUUGAGGGUGAAUGGUUUCGGUCCACCUAGGCUUUUAAGGACCAUGUUGCUUUCCACAAAAAAUAUGUCAUAUGCACAAGUCUGUCACAAGAGACUAGGGCCCUGCGGGACCUGACAUCUUUCCGCAAGGCCUGCAAGACAGAGUUGUUCCACCAGGCCUUUGGUCAGGGCCCAGCCUGACUCCCACCUCUGGCAACCUGCACAGAACUUUGCUUAACGGUUGCCAUUAAUUUGAUUUUAAUUAAUUUUUAUAAUGAAAUGUUUUAGAAUGUUCGAUUAUUUGAUUGUUUGAUUAUUUGUUUGUUGUUAGCCGCCCUGAGCCUGGCUUUGGCUGGGGAGGGCGGGAUAUAAAUAAAAUUUAUUAUUAUUAUUAAAUGUGAUGAUAUAACAAUAGUUAAAAUGAUUGUUUUCCUUGUUCUCAAUGUGGUUGGGUCAAUCUAGCAACACUUAGUUAUGUAGACUAUAUUUCAUUCCGGAAUCCUAAUAAUAUAUAUAAUAUAAUCUCAUAAAUCCAUAAUUGCAAGAAUGUAGUAGUUCUCAUUUUAUGUGCACAUCUAGGAUGCCACUUCACAUUUCCUAUGUUAUGUUCGUGAGAACAUAGAAGAGCAUGGUUUUGAAGUACAGUGGUACCUCGGGUUACAUACGCUUCAGGUUAUAUAUGCUUCAGGUUACACACUCCGCAAACCCAGAAAUAGUGCUUCAGGUCAAGAACUUUGCUUCAGGAUAAGAACAGAAAUCGGGCUCCAGCAGUGCGGCAGCAGCAGGAGGCCCCAUUAGCUAAAGUGGUGCUUCAGGUUAAGAACAAUUUCAGGUUAAGAACGGACCUCCGGAACAAAUUAAGUACUUAACCUGAGGUACCACUGUAUGCUUGUAGAGAAAAUGCACAGAAAUAUAUUGUGAGCAAUAAAGGACUCUUAACUGGGGUGGGGGAGAGUAACCUAGGUGUAGCUUCUAGUGAAAGCUAGGUGUGGUUUUGAAGACCUCGGUUCAAAGCCCUUCUCUGACCAUAAGAAGCUCAUCUGGUAACCUUGAGUUCUUGCCUCAAGCUAUAUCUAAUAUAGAGUGGUUGUGAGGAUAAAAUGGGAAUGAUCUCAUGUACAUCAUUCUGAAUUCACUAAAGGGAAAGGAGUGGGGGGGGGAUACAUAUAUAAUAAAAUUAAAUACCUAGAUCGGUAGGGGGAUCUGCCUCCUUGAUGUAAAUUCUAUAUUGCUUUCUGUGUCCCCCCUCCUUUCAUUGUCAAGUACAGUGGUGGUCCAGAGAUCCAUUCUUAACUUGAAACAGUUCUUAACCUGAGCUACCACUUUAGCUAAUGGAGCCUUCCGCUGCCACUGUGCUGUCGCCGUGUGAUUUCUGUUUUCAUCCUGAAGUAAAGUUCUUAACCUGAGGUACUACUUCCGGGUUAACGGAGUCUAUAACCUGAAGUGUUUGUAAUCCAAGGUGUUUGUAACCCGAGGUACCACUGUACUUUAUUGCAGUUGCCUAGGUAACUUAAAUAUUUGCAGGUUAAUAUACAGUAUAUCUUUUCUGUGCUUUUCUUCUGUUACCGAGAUUAGUUUAAGGAGUAGAAAUUAGGGUUCCAUAUGUGUGAUUGUAUGAAAGGUUUAUUAAAAAACAAACGCCUGUGCACACAAAACGUUGCCAUGAGCAGAAACAAAGGGAGAUGAUGACUGAGAAUUUUAAUCUUGAACAAUUAAAAUGCUAGAUCACUGCUGAUCUUGAAACAUUCAUACAUGGACAUUUUAAAGAGUUUAUAUACCCUUUAAAACAUUAUUUACAAGGUUCAUGAUGCAUUAUGCUUACUUAGCGCUGGUGCAGUAAAUUACGGUACACUAGUAAAUGCUAAAGCCCAAGCACUCUCCGGUAUAGUACUAGUGAUACCGGUAGUCAUUAAACCAGAGCGUACAUUUGUAUGUGGGCAUAGAUCCCAACUUCCUGCAAGUGGAAGGUUGGCAGAAAGAGGCUGGGAGGCGAUUGCCACUUCCUCUUUACUCCUUUGAACCCAGAUAAUGGAAUGAAUCCAUGUCACCACAUAUUACCUUUCACAAAACUAAUGUUCUCCGACAAUUCCUUUGUUUCUUAAACACUGUUUAUUUCCCUCUGCAUUUUUGAAUUGACUCAUCUACAUUCUAUCUGAUCUUGCAGUGUUGUUCAAUCUAUAUGGAAAUUGCUCCUCAUCUUUUUCUGACCUUGCUAUCGAGGCAGCAUCUGUGGUGAAGUAGAGGUUUUAAUUUAACUAUUAGCAAUAAACCCUUCAGCUUUAAUUUAAGGCAGUCAGAGUCUUGCCAACUAGUGACUGUGUAAUUCUUCUGUGCCAACACUGCCUAACUAUACGCUUUCCUAAGAGCAUAAACCAGGAAUGGGGGAGUCUCAGCCCCUAGGGCCAAAUGCUGACCCAUAAUCCUCUCUGUUGGGCCCUCCCAACUCUCCAAAGGCCACACCCCCUUUCUUCAGAGCACAUCCUCUCUCUUGCGCGCACACACAGCACUCAGCCAUGCAGCUCUGUAGGAUUACGCCAAAGUUUGUAUUGCAGGCAAUCGUUGAUCACCAGCUGAGUCCUGGCACCAGUAUAUUGUUUUUCUAGCAGGUAUUCAAUUUUUGUUUUACAAGUUUUGAUUACCAUAGCUGAUAAAUAUUACUUGUGAGGAACUGCAAGGGGUGGAGACAAAUAAUGCAUCUAAUUUUGAUUUGGCUUCCAAAAAAACAUGAAAGCCAAGCUUUAAAGCUUUCUGUCCUAAGGUUCUGGAGAGAAAUUUGAAUAUGUGAAGGCAAAUAUUGCUGAUACUUGUUCCCAAUGCCAGUCAAGCCAGCGUCAAUUAAAAAAAAAAAAGCUGUUGAGUGCUUAAAGUGUGUUAACAUUGGCAUUCUGAAGAUGAGCUUAUUCCAGCCUGGCUUCCAGGUUAGAAAGACCGCUGGAGUAAUGUGGGGCAAUGCAUGUGACAAAAUAAACACAUUUCUCAGCAAGGCUUCAAUGUGAAUGCUUCCUCUGCUAUACUGCUUUAUAAGUGCUGUUUAAAAAACUCACUUUUUGAAAAUUGUUGUAUUUGGUUUACAUUGUGCUAAGUAUGUUCACUUGAACCCCACCAGAAGGAUUUAAGGUGCACUUAAGUUGCUCGUCUUGGAAACAUGCUUUCUUAAUACAGUUUUAAUAGUGCUUAGGUUUGAGAUGCACUCUCUCUCUCUCUCUCUCUUUUUAACUGUCAAAUAUACUUCUCAGUCUUCUGGAAAAGUUACAAUACUCUGGUGGGGGUGGAGAAUCAAAGCACUCUUUCUCUUCAUUGUCCUUUUCAAUUCCCCUCCCCUUCCCCCAAUAGACUUUCAGAUUGGAACCACCUUGCAGUAUUGCAGUUUAGUGACGUUCUGUUCUGUUUCUGUUGAUCGGCUGAUGUGAAAUGUGUUCUGUUGGUACUGUAACUGAAUUCAUCCUCCAGAGAAGGCUGGAUAAGUAGCCAGCUUUGGCUAGGGUCUGUCAUGAGUGCAGUUGGGUGAUUUUGCUUUGCUACCCAGUCAAGAAAGGGCAACAGCAGGCAUUGGAUUGGGAAAGUCUGCAGCUGCAUAAGCUGCAGUUCUGCCAAAAAGAAUAAUGAGAGCAGUCAAGAAAAGGAACAAAAGCAGCUGAGAGAUGCCCCACAUCUCUGAGAUUUUUUUCUUUACACACUGGGUUUUCAUUUGUAAAUUGGCCCUGUGGUAUUUGUUGUUUGUGCUUCUCACUGCACUUUCUUCUUCUUCUUCUCAAAUCACUUUCUUUGAGAACUCUUAUUUUGUUUAACUAAAUUUAAUUGCAUUUCACUGAGGCAUCUUUUAACUGCUAAUUACAAACCUAAAGUGAAUUUCUGAACUAUGUUUGUAACUGAGAUUUUCUACCUUAAAAAAUAAAUGAUUUACCUAUAUAUAACUGUUUAGCAUUUAUGUAACAGACAAUACAAGUGAAGAUCAAAGUACUUUACACCUAUAAACUCAUGAAGGUACUUUGCAGUAAUCAUAACUGAUUGUAUAUCUCUCUGUAGGCCCAUGUUUAAAAUCUUAUCCUAGCUGUUAAGCACUUAUAAAUAACAUCCUUGCUGUAGCAGUUGGAAUAAAAUAUUUGAAUACUGUGUGUUUUCCUUUCAAAACACAUUUUACAAUGACUGUGUUUAGUACAAAGUACAUUUUUUUUGGUGCUAAAAUACAGAUAACAAAGAAGAAUAUCAAACUGUGAGACUUUUGUGUAUGUGGGCUAUAUCCCCCCCCCCCCCAGUGAGGCUAUAAAUGUGGUUUGGGUCAUUUUAAUGUGGGUUUUUCAAGAGUUUCGAGAAAAGUCAGGAUUUAGUAAUAGAGAUGUUGUUUCUGUUCUGGGAAUUUAACAUUUGAAGUCUUGCGGAAAAUUCCGUGUUUGGUAAUUUGGCACAUGUCUCAUUUCUUCAUCAUACAUGGCUCUACAGCAAGCAAGAGUGAUGGCUUAAAUUAGGGGUAGCCUGUGGUAGUCAGUGGCUGUGCACAUGGUUACUAGCUUAAAACACAGAGAGGUAGUUCUUUCUGGCUGCUGGUUUGAAGCUGGUUCAGGAAAAACCCAUACAGAAAACCCAGGAUAGAUGUGGAUAGUGGCUAAUGUGUGUACAUGGCUUCCCAAAUCAGCAGUGGGAUUGAACCGGGGGCAGAGUAAGUGGGAGAGUGUACAUAGGCAGUGUGAAGGAGGAAGUCCAGGCUGCUUGAAUCAGAGACUAUUGUACAGUAUUGUAUUGGCUCGUAGGGUUGCACCCGCUGAAUGUUAAUGACUAGAAUAGGAUAGUAUUACAUUGUUUAUCUAUUUCUUUAAACAAUGCAUGUACCAGUUAACUGCAAUUGUCUUAUUGGAAUUGGUUCUUCAUCAUAGAGCAGGGCCGCUAAGCCGAUGCCCCAGGGAUCUUAUCAGGCCCUUUGAAGUAGGGAUGCAGAGACCUCUUUCAGCCUGAGGACCACAUUCUCUUAUGGGCAGCCUUGCAGGGCUGCAUGCCGGAGACAAAAGUGGGUAGCGCAACUAAGUCUUUUGUUUAAUAGCCUUAAUAAAGUCGGAUAUAAUGGCAAGAGCCAUUAUCACAGUCCAGUGACACUCUCAAGGGCCAGAUGGAGAUUCCUCGAGGGCCACAUUUGGCCUCUGUGCCUGAUGUUCUCCAUUCCUGCUCUAAUGUGACAUGAGUGAUACACUUUCAUACAGAUUACUGACAUAUCCUCAUGUUGAUGUUUUUAAUAUAGCAAAAGAGCUGACCUAUCAGUAGUACUGUCUUAGCAUCAGACCGCCCUUCUAAUCACAUUAAAUAUACAACAAUCGCUCAGUGUGACUUGUAGUCCAAUAUGUGGGGCUGCCCUUGUGUCUGGUUCGGAAGCUCCAGCUGCUGCACAAUGCAGCUGCCAGACUGCUGAUGGCAGCAUCCGGUCAAGAACAUGUGAGACCAUUGUUGUUGUUUUUUAAGCCAUGUAGUAUCCUCGGGUUUCAAACCGCUGUGGGCGAUUGCAGGAUCCAAGCAAUGCAUUGGUCGAUCAAACCGCUGGGCUAAGCUGGCUCAUGUGACACCAUUGUUAAAACACCUGCACUGGCUGCCCAUCUACUACCAAGUUCAAGAUUCUUGUUUUAAUUUACAAAGCCCCAAACAACUCUGGUCCAGGGUACCCCAGGGAUCGCCUGAACCUUUAUAUCCCAGCUUGAUCAUUGAAAUAAUCUGUGGGAGCCUUAUUGGCCAUUCCUCAAUUUGCUGAGGCUCAUUUGACAACAAGAAACUGUGUAUGUAGGGUCAUCGGCCCAGUUCUGUAGAAUACUCUGCCAACAGAGAUUCAGCAGGUGCCUUCUUUGCCAACUUUUAAAUGCCUGCUGAAAACUUUUCUGUUCCACCAGGCUAUACAGGCAGCUAAGAAAACAUCCUUCCACAAAGGUUAAUUGAUGUCUGUUUUUAACUUUUUAUGGUUUUAUUCUAUGGUUUUGAUAUCUAUUUAUGGCAAAUUGGUAUAUACAGAUUUUUAUAAAUAAAAAAUAUUAAAUGCCUUUAUAAAUCUUAUAUACCUUUAAAGAAUAUACUUAAGGAAACUGACAUAAAACUGCAAUGGCAUUUUACAGUGCUGUAUUCUGGAAUGUAUAUACAGAAGGUUGGGUGCACCUUCUGAAUUUGGAUAUUGUUGUUAAAACCUUCAUGUUCAAGAGGUAUAAAGAUUUCCCAUAGACAGUUUCUAAAACUAGCUCAUUUAGGUUGCAAAGCUAUUACUUGUGAACAUAGGAAGUUGUGUUAUUCAAACCAUUGGUCCAUCUAUCUCAGUACUGUUCACACUGACUUGUAGUGGCUCUCCAGGGUUGGAGGCAGGGAGAUGCCAGGCAUUGCAUCUUUUGCACACAAAGCAUGUGCUCUUCUACUUGCAUCAUAUUAGUUCCACAAUCGUUGUUUGUUUUGUACGAGUAAAAAUCAGCUCCUUUGAAACAACAGUGUCACUGAUUUAUGAGAUCAACCAUAUUUACAGAGCUCCUAAAGAACAAUCCUAUGCUAAUGUUGCUUCUCUUUCUGAUGGCAUGUGUUCCUGUAGCCUAGGGUGAUUCUAGUUCUACAUUCUCACGUUGCAUCUACUUGGGUGCAGUCACCCUCUCAUUAAUUUAUAAAUCUUGUACACUUUAUUGGGAUUUUGCAUACAUAAACUACUGUCCAAGUACUGCCACAUCUCUGUGUGUAUUGUGUGAACACCAUAGUGAUUGGUGGCAGGGAACGUCUUCCAGAAGAUUUGUAAAGAAAGAGGGAGCAGGUGGGUUGGGCUGUGCAGAUGGAUAGGGCUGCUUGCAGCAAGCGCAGCCCGUGACCUGCCUCUGCCUGGGCAGUGACCUUACCAGCAGGAAGUGGAGAAACUGCAAGGCUGCUUCAGUCAAGGCCAAAACUCUGACGCUAACAAUCACUAACAAUGACAGAAACCGUUGACGGAUGAUAUCAGGCCUGCAACGAAUGUACCCAAGCAGCUUCAAAAGUUACCAGUAUAUAUGCCAACAGGGAAGGAAUGGCAGAUUUUCCAGGCAUGGGUUUAAUGAAAGGUUUCUUCGCUGGACUAGGUUCAAGCAAAAGCUGAACAUAUUCUGUGUCAGUGCUGAGUGCUUAAAUGGUAUGUUUGAUGAAAGAGCUGGUAAUAUGAGAACCUCUACUUUCAUUGUCAAAGGGAUGCGGGUGGCGUUGUGGCUUAAACCACAGAGCCUAGGGCUUGCUGAUCAGAAGGUUGGCAGUUCGAAUCCCCGCGACGGGGUGAGCUCCCGUUGCUCGGUCCCUACUCCUGCCAAACUACCAGUUCGAAAGCACGUCAAAGUGCAAGUAGAUAAAUAGGUAACGCUCUGGUGGGAAGGUAAAUGGCGUUUCCGUGCACUGUUCUGGUUUGCCAGAAGUUCCUUAGUCAUGCUGGCCACAUGACCCGGAAGCUGUACGCCGGCUCCCUCGGCCAAUAAAGCGAGAUGAGUGCCGCAACCCCAGAGUCAUUUGCAACUGGACCCUAAGGUCAGGGGUCCCUUUACCUUUACUUUCAUUGUUGUUAAAAAGUGGAUUCCUAACUUUAGGAUACAGAAUUAGUUGUCAUUAUGUGUGGCCAGUACCUGGUGAAAAUGCAGAAUGAGGGAUAAACAGGACUUGCAGUGGUCCAGAAGUGGAGUACGUCAAGCACAAGAGCUCCAGUCCCAUCUGGGACUGGCUGAAAACAGGAUCAUAUUACAUUUGGAACUGAUAUUUUGGCUAGAUUGGUAUAGAGAAUGGAAAGUGAAGAACAUACUUGCUUUUAGAGAGUAGGGAGAUGAGACUUGUCAGAAUAAAUAUGGAAGAUGUAUAAGGAAACAGUUCUACUUAUUCUUGCACAAGGUGUGCUCUGAUAGUGGUUAGUGAGAUGGAACUUAAUGUUAAGACAAGAGUGUGAAAGAAUACUAGAGAAAAUGAACAUGCAUGAAUGACCCUGGACUCUGCCUAAAAGAAUCUAUGAAGCCAUUAUGUGUGAGGUCAAAGUGACAUUCUACAUGGUUAAAUAUUAGUUAUUUAUGACUACAAGUAACUAAGGAAUGCAAAAAAUGUAUGUGUUGCUGUUUGGCAACUGGUAUGCUAUUGUUCUUUGACCCUUAACUACUGGAGACAUUACAUUGCGUUCAGUAUUGAUGAACUAGCGGCCUUACCAUUUUUAUUCCAGAAUGGUAAUUCUGUCUUCCAAAUCUGUGUACAUAGCACCUUACAUUUAGAAGAUACUAGCCUGAUGACUGACUGUGACCUAGAUUGAGUUGGAACGUUGUAAUCAACCAUUCACACAGCAACAGUCAUGGCUUGUUGCUGUUGGUGGAAAUUUCUCAGCUAAGAGGACCUUUUGUUUCUUAAGAAGUGGCCCCACCUUCCAUUUCACAUGACACCUGCUUUUUAAAACACACAGACACACGUAGAUGAUCUAUGUCUGACUCUAGGCAGCUCUUGGGAUCCUGGCUACAUUAAACCUGUUUUCUAUAAAAUACACCUAGAAGCAACUCAAUAGAAAGGUAGCAAAAUGCAAUUUUAAAAUAUCAGUAAAAAAUUAAUAUGAUAACAUUUUCCAUUAGAUAUGCUAUAUGCAUAAAAUACACCAACUGGAUUAUCUCUCCCUUUCCCCUUGCUCUAAAUUGAAGCUUAAUGUUGUGGAAUGUGGAUGAUUCUACCAUCAUGCACCUCUCCCUGCUCUCCAUCUGAUUGGCACUCUGAUUUUAUGUUCCUCAGCUGCUUCCUGUGCUAAUUGGCAGGGGAGUGAAAACGGACUUGGAGGCUGCAUAGAAGAGACCAGGAGUUUUGCAUGUGGCCUUGGGAUGUGACCUGGGUUGUCCAUAUGUGACUUCUAUACUUCCUAUGCUGGUAGUUAAGCCCCUUAAAUAUGACAUCACUUAAUCUACUUGUGAUCAAGCUGCACCAAAGGCUUAGAAAUCAAUUAAGUGGUUUUCUGGUUCACAUUGUCCUAAUUCAGACUGAACCCUGCGGAGUUAUUUCAUGGUUGGUCACAGCCUUGUGUGUAUUAAUAAGUCAUUUACUAUGCCAGAAAUAGCAAUUCUUGCUAUUGGUACAUGUAAAUAACAACACUGCUGCUAUAAAUAAAACUUACAGAAAUUAUUUAGUGUCUUGGGUCCAUUCAUAAGUUCUUCAUAUAUCCUUUAUUACUUUAAGCGCAAAACUAGAUAGUUAUCCAAUGCUACCCCUUUCUGGUGCAUUUCUGUCAUUUGAAGUGGCAAGGGAUGCAUUUCAAAAAAGGUGUCCAGUGAUUGGCUCUUCAAUAAGUGUUUAUAAAACAGAUACGAUGCUUUAAAUCUUUAACUUCAAAGCAUAUUUUCUAACAAGAACCCCACUUUUCUAAAAAGAAAAAAAAGAAUGUUGCUAUGUUAAAAAACAUGUUAAAGUCACUGCUGAUAAAAAAUUGUUUUCAGUAGAUUUUUUUUAAUGACCUGCAUUUGAUCUGUUGAAAGCAGCAUUUUCUACUCAGUUCGAAAACAUCACUAGGUGCAGAUGGUAAAGGUAAAGGGACCCCUGAUCGUUAGGUCCAGUCGCGGACGACUCUGGGGUUGCGGCACUCAUCUCGCUUUACUGGCUGAGGGACAGCUUCCGGGUCAUGUGGCCAGCAUGACUAAGCUGCUUCUGGCAAACCAGAGCAGCGCAUGGAAACGCUGUUUACCUUCCCGCUGGAGCGGUACCUAUUUAUCUACUUGUACUUCAUGCUUUCGAACUGCUAGGUUGGCAGGAGCAGGAACGAAGCAACAGGAGCUCACCCCUUCGGGAUUCGAACCGCCGACCUUCUGAUCAGCAAGCCCAAGGCUCAGUGGUUUAACCCACAACGCCACCCGCAUCCCUUAGGUGCAGAUGGACUCUGUUGUAUUUCUGAACUCCCUGGCUUCUGUGAUUACCUUAACAUUUGAGUGAUAUGUGGGAGGAUAUGUAAAGUAGCACCCAAUGCAUUGUUAGAUGCCAAAGGAUCUGCAUAGCCAACCACAGCACAUUGAUUUCGUUGUGCUGAAGAACAACGUGCAGACUCCACAAAGGGCUCCACUGCACUCCUGUUGCUCUUCAGAGGUGUAGGAAUCAGACAUUUAAAACGAGGACGACUAAAGUGUGAAGCCAGGGGGGUGGAGAAUCCAAAAUGAAAACAGUGUUUCUGAAGGUUGACUUUCUAACGCAUUAUUAGAUGGUCUGGUAAAUACGCCAAGAGAGUGCCAGAUGGGGAUGCUCUUCUGAGCUGCCUGCUGGUUACUGCUGCUGCCAUAGUGACAAGAGGCUUCCCUCUGAGCAAGUGCAGAAUCUCCAGGGACUUUAGAUUGGAUUAUGUGCUUUGUGAUAAAUUGCCUGAAUGGGAGCAAGACUGGAUGGGAGUCCCUGCUGCUGUAAUCUUGGCUUCAUUCAAGAUGGUCACAAUUUAGUCUGAGAUCCAGAAGCAACUAUGAAUUUGGUGGCAAGUGGGUUUUGUUUUUAUAUUGCUGCAAGCUGUACCACCGCUGUCAGGAAUGUAUGUUGUGGUGCUUUAAAAUGGUGCCUUUUUCCCACUAUAGUCUCAACAUGUCUGCUGCUUGUUUCCCCCUCUCUCUCUCCACUCCUGGACAUUGAGAGAAGAAUGUUUUGAGGGAUAUUUAGUUAAGCUCUGUAUAUGUGAUUGUGGGAGAAAAAUAGCCAACCACACGAGUUAAGUUACUUCUAUUUUAACUUGGUUUUCCCCCCUGUAUGUUUUUGACGCCUUAUAACAAAUAUGUGACUCCUUAUGAUCAGUUUGACUUAAUUUUCAAUCGGAUAUGCAUUUCCUCAACUCUUUAUAACAAGGCAUGCACCAUAUGACCUGAGCACACCACAUGGACCUGUUGACUACUGCUUAAUGGUGUAAUUGUCGUCUCUGUAUGAACUUCAUACAUCUUUUCUCGCUCUGACCUACACUGUUUACAACCUCCCAGUGUACUAGCAAGUCAGGAUAAGGCUAAAUGCAUCUGAUGAAGUAGACUGCAGUGCAUGCAAGCUUAUGCUGAAAUUUCCACAAGCCUCUGCUGCGUUUGCUGCAGCAUAGCUCCUUGAAAAUUCAGCAUACAGCUUUCUGCAAAUAUACUUUAAAAAUGAUGUCUGCACAAGCAUUUUACUUUCUUUUUCUUCCUAUAAUGCUUGUCAGAUUUUCAAUGUAUGUUCACCUAUAGCAGGAGUGGGAAACCUGUGGCCCUCCAGAUAUUGUUGGAAUCUAUAAAUUCUGACAGUUGGUCGCACUAGUUGGGGCUGAUGGGAGUUGGAGUCUUACAGCAUCUGGAGGGGCCGGUCCUGACCUAAUCACUAGCUGUGAAUGAACUGCAAUGGACUGCUCUCUCACCUCACCAAAGGACAGGUGAAAUUUCCUCUCCUUUGACACUUCUGGCAACCAAUGGCCUUGUUUGGAGGACACUACUUUCGUCUCUGUAUGUGGUAAGAUAGGGAGCAGGUCUUGGUUUACAUACAUCACAUACCAAAACUGUUCCUGGAAGGUAUACUUCAAACACAAACAAUUUGAAUGUUCCUCCUUGUUUAAAUAAUAAUAACAAAUCAUUGGACAUAGAAAAAUAGCAUGUUGGGGGAAAAUCUUGGCUUAAAGCUCCUUGAAAUGUAAUUUUCUUUAUGCCUAGAUAAACUGUUUCCCUGUAUUUUUUAAAAUCACAAAUCCCCCAUCCCAACUUGCAGUAUAUAGUGAUACAGUCCAGCAAUGAAGUGCUUACAUGAACAAGUUGUGUGCAGACUGUCCCCUUAGUUCUCUGUAGUAUAGUGCUUGGUCUUAGCAGCCCUAUAUUACUACAACAGAGAAUCUUACAGAACCUUAAAUCUUAACAGGUUUGUUUGUGGUCUAGGACUCCGAUGAAGUGGAUUGUGGUCCAUGUCUCAAUUAAAAUGCUAGUAUUUAAAAUUACCCAGAACUCUUUGUAGAAUGUUUAAAGAUUUCUCCCCCCUAUGUUUCCUGUUCCUACAGGAAAUUCGCUUUUUCAUAAGUUUCAGAAGCAGUGUAAUUUGGAUUCCUUAGGGCGGCGGUGGCGGGGGUGGGGGCUUGCUAAUCAGGUAGCUAUGUACAUGCACCAGAAGGACUCUUGGUUUAUAUAGUAUUGGCUCAGUGGAAUGUGACAGCUUGAUCCGGUAUCCAGGAUACAUGGAGGGUGGGAAUGUAAACAAGAGCCCAUGGCCACAUUCCUGGGAUUUCACUUCAGUCGAGAGAAGGAGGGAAAUGAACAUGAUCUCAAGUACUUGAGAGUUCGGAUCAAGAUAAAAGGUGUUAAUACGGAACACAUACAUUUUAAAAAAACAACAACCUGGAGUUAUGCUGGGGGCAAAACCUCAGUGUCACCUUCGUUACUGUGACACAGGUGAAUUGCUACUGCCAAGAGGUACUGCAUUUCCAUGGGAAAAAGCCCUCCCCCACCCAACUUUGUAUUUGUGAGGAAGCAGUUACUUAAUAAGUUUUGCUUUAGAGCAGCUUGUGUUUGAUAGUGGCACUUAAGUAGGUAACUCGGAUAAGAUAAAAUAAAACUCACUGUGGUCGCUGCUGUGAAAUGUCCUCUUUGAAAAUGGGAUUUCUCAGGGGAAGUGAUUUUAAUAAGGGUCUCUUCAGUUGAAGUGUUGUAGUGCAGUAAUCUGAUAACAUGGCAAAAUGUGGAAGAAGGUGGUAUGUUUCACAGCAAGAUCAGAAUGCUAGAAAAGCAGGUAUCUCCACCUCAGAAGAGUCAAACAAUUGGUGCAUUGUACUAUUGCACAAUGAGUUCUGAACACACACUGUGGGUUGAAGUAGGUGAGUGUGUGUCUAUUGUGUCAACGUGGCUUCAAAUUGCAUCUGAGCCAUAUGUGCUCAGAAGGUGGCCUCGGGCAAGGCAUUGGGUUGGAUCCAACAUUGACCUUGUAGUUGAAGAGGAGACUGUGAUCCAGCAGAGGCGGCUUCUGGAGGGAGGGAGGGUGCUUGUGGAAGAUGAUUUUUGCUGAUUCUUUUUCCUCUCCACUUUUCACACUGUUGCAAAAGAUCAUGGAAGGCUUUCAUGGGGCACAGGGGACUGCGGAGGAAAGGAGGGAUUGGUGAGUUGUAUUCAGCUAAGUCCUAUUCAGAGUAGACCCGUUGAAAUUAAUGCACCUAAGUUAGUCAUGCUCACUAGCUUCAAUGGGUCUACUCUGAGCAGGACUUGCAUUGAAUACCACCCAUGAAAAUUACCUCCCCCAUCUCUUGUGAGAAUAUCCAGUGGGUAUAGAGUGCUGCUCACUGGAACUCUGGCUCCAAGCCACUGGUUUAUAUCCAGCUAAGUUGUACUAAGAAUAUACCCAUUAAAAUUAAUGAGCUGAAGUUAGUCCUGUCCAUUAAUUUUAGUGUGUCUACUCUGUGUAGGACUAAGAUUGGGUACAACCCCAUCGCCUAUGGGUUUCUGUUCACCUAUGGGUAGCACUGGAAUUAUGGUGAUUUGUUUUCUGUGCUUAAUUUCUAAAAAUCAUAGUUAUUUGUGCUCAGUGGCUUACCAGCCCUGCCCCUCCUAAUGUCAAUUUUGUAAGGUUGUUGCUGUUCCUUCCUCACAGUAAGAAAAAAUCACUUUAAUAUUGCUAUUUUAGCAUAUCCAAUAACUUCUGGAGAUGAGCCCAAAUCAGAUUAACCCUGUAUACCACAGAAGGUUUUAAGCCACAGAUGUAUUGAAUAUAUUGCAGAAACUAUUAACAAUGUAUGUAAAUGACCGGGAAACAGAACUUGAGCCAUAAAAUCUGUUUUUGGCUUCCAUGUGUGCAUGCAGGCAUACAUAUUUCUGUAAUCAAUAAAAACAUUUGGCUCACUAAUCUUAGUUCAGUAAAUUGGGGGCUGCUGGUUUGUGUUGUAUUUUUUUAAUGCAGUGGGUAAUAUCUGCUAUUCACAGUGUUCUGGUAUAAAUAGACCAAGCUUCAUAGUGCUAAAUUUUACUGUACCAUUUCAAAACCAACAGUGAAGUAUUUAAGAGUAUCGAACAUCUCCUAAAUGCCAUCUCUGUGGGAUCACAUGUAGGGUAUUCAACAGACAUGCAAAAAUGUUUUUCUAGUGUUACAUUAAUAAGGAUUAUACUUUCAUAUUAAUGACUUGAUUUGUAAAUAUGAUACAUAGUUUCACCACUUUCACCACUAGGCGAGAUUGAUAAGAUGUAGCGCAGCAUGAGAAAAGGAAAACAAUUAACACCAGAGGAGGGGAGACAGGCCCCUAAGACUCAUUGCAUUGAAUUUGACACCCAAGAACAGUUACAGGGAACAUUUUGCACCCAGCCUUGAGAGAGAGAAAAUGUGAACAUUUUAAAUACCGUACUCAUUUUCCCUUCUACACCAGCUAUUAACCAAGUUUUCAUUUAAGACUAAUGAAAGUUGUAGCACCUAAAAACAAACAAAUUCGUUAUAAAACAAUUUUGCCAAUUAGCUCUCACUGAAAGCUUAUGAUGCUGUUAACAGAUUUGUUCAUCUUUAGGUGCUAAGAGAGUGUGUUGUGUUUCAGUGCAGUAGAUUAAAAUGGCUACCCCUCUGGAAGUAUUUUGUACUAACUAAUUGAGAAAACUCACUGGGAGAAAAAUAAACUGCUAGAAUUAAUUUGUGCUGUUUUUCAAGGCAUGGUGAUUCUUUGCUGGCCUAGUCACAGAAAGCCUUGGGGUUGCUGGGACAGGGGCAUAGGAAGCAAUAAUGGCAUGACAACAUUUGGGGGUUGAAAUGGCCAUAACUUUAUUGAUUACAGAUGUAAGAAGGCUUAGACUUAGGCAUUGGGUAUGUAUCCCAGGUCAGCUAACCUGGUUGCUGGCUGAUUACUUUCUCAGGGUUAAUUAAUCCUGGGGUUAAGAUCCCCAUAUGACACACAUCAAAUAAGGACAUCCCCUCCAGGAUGCCAGUUGGGGAGUUCUAUGGCCUUUUAGCCUCUGUCUGAGCAUAUGGACAAAAUCCUUCCUCUUGGACCCCUUUAUCAGGGUCCCCUGAUACUUUGAACUGGAAGAGAGAGGGCAAGGCUCCUUCCUACCCACCGCUGAUUAGUCCGAGGAUCCAACCCAAUGCCUUUUUCUGCAAACAAGUUAUGGCAGUUGCUGCAACAUAGGUAAACCCCUCAACUGGCUGAAUUUGACUGCAGGAAAAUCCCUCCCUGGCCUCAAAUAUGGCAACUGAGUUACUCUACAACAAGGUCAUCCAUAUGCAUUGUCUGCUUAACUUCAAGUGGGGCCAAAUUUAUACAGUGUUGGAGGGUGGGAUGUCUUAUGCUGACUGUGCUGCUGUCUUCAAAGCUCCGCCCUAAAGUCUGGCCAGUUUGAAUAAAAAUUAGGAAAGAAUCACAUCACUUCCCAUGGCCAGCUACAACUGAUGACGCCGUCAUCCAGCCCUGUGGGAGGUUUGGGGCACCCCCAGAUCACCCACGGCUGUGCCAAGCCACAACUGCUGCUGCCCACAGAAACCAUAAGGCUUUUUGAAAGGCAGUCUCAUAGGAGUAGCACAUGACAAACUGUUUCUGCUCUAAAUAGUUAUCAAGCAAAAUAUGAAAUGUUCUUUUAAUGUCUUUUUAAAGAGUUCAGCAGCCUUUGAUAUUGUAGAUCCAGGAGGGUGUUGAUUUAGAAAAUAUGCACUUAAUUAACAGCAAGACCCCUUAAUAGGCAAGGCAUAAGUAAUUGCAUGUGUUAAGAAUGUAAGAAGUACCCUUUUGGGACAGAGUAUUUCAUCAGCAUUAUUUGCAAGUAGGCUAGUAACACCCAGAAAUUGACCAGUAGGCCCCUAAUUCAGUGUAAUCUGUCUUCUGCUAUCUCUUGUUGUUGGAAUUCAUCUGUCUUGAAAGAUAAUGAAGUGUGCCCCUGGGGGCACUGUAUGGAGGUACUGGGCUGCCUAGACAACAAGACCCUAUUCUUGGUCUCACUGAUGUAGUCCAAAGGAAAGCAGAGCACUACGUUUGGCUCCAGCUUGACUGCAGAAGUUGCCAGAAGAUGAUGUAUAAGGUAUCAUCCAACUGUGUUAGAGACUCCACUCCAGAUUUGUGUAGGGUUAUCUCCUUAGCCUUUUCUUCAUCUUCUGCAAGGCAGCACAGGUUUAGGACCAGAGUUUUCCUUCUAGUUGGGCUACCUUCCCAGGUUGAUGAGACUCAUCUGGCCCUUCUCUCUACAGCAUGUGCAGGAACUGCCUUCUUGACUGUUGAACCCACUAUUCCUCUUGUCUGCUCAAAUCCACCUCACUGAGACCCAUUGACUACUCUCACCUGGUUUAGCCAGCCAGUUCCCAGGGUAUGGCUGCUGUCGCAUGCUGACAGCUUCUAGGAGCCACAGGCAAGAGCUGAGUGCAGGAUGGGGACCAAAGGUGGACAAACUACCCCAGAAGGUGUCCCCCACCAGAGAUACUACCCUAUACACCCCUCUAAAGCUACCAUUGCUUUAGAAAAGAAAGCCCUUUUGGGUUAAAAGUGUCAUGGGAAAACCUCUGGUAUGGUUGCUAGAUAGUUUGGCAGUGUUUGAGAUAGCACAUUACAAAUUUGUUUUGUAACUUGACCUUUGGUUUGAACUUCAAAUGAAUAAUUAUAAGUGGAUAAAUGUGACAUGUGUUUGGAAUUUCAGAAGAAUUAAUAUUGCAUACAUACCAAAUUCCAUUGUUGGCCAGAUAAUGUGAGUUCUCGGCUUAGCUCACCUGUUUGAUGUCCCCAUUGAUGAUUGAGAGAUUACAGUGAAACUUGGUAUGUAUGGAUUGUAUCCAGUUGUGUACCUCCCUCUGCUCAGAGAACUCUCUGUGAGCAGAAGCGGCAGGGACUUCCCGCUCGGAAGGGAUGAAAGCAGAAAUCAGCAAAAAUGGCCUCCCCCUUACUGAGGGAGGGUUUGCACAAUGUUGGAUUUUUGGGUGUUAACUUGUAACUGUGGUUUGGGUAUAAAUUACUCAGUUUGGAGGCGGCACAAAACACUGGGUUUGCGGCACAAAACAAGCACAGAACUUUAGUAUCAGUUCGGAGGGGAUCCAAAAUUUGGGGUGAAGCUUUUUUCCCUUCUUAAACCCAGGAUGUAGCAGAUUCACCAAAUUUGAAUUUUCACUGACAGACACAGAACCUCUUUUAGCUUAUAAAUUGUUGUUUACCAUUGGAAAACAGGGAGUGAGGGGAGCAGUAAGUUAACUGAAGACGACAUUGAAAGCAGCCAGGAGCAUGGACAAGAGUUAUUAUUAAUCAGUAGGGCUGGGUGUUAUCUGCUUUUAAACAUCGUAAUAUAUCACCAGCCAAACCUUGCAAUAUCCUGAUAUAUUAUGAUGUCAGAAGGGAGGAAAGAAGGUGGGGAGGAAGACAGCAGUUGCCCCCUGCCCUUGGUAGCUGGCUACACAGAUGAUCAGUGCCACUGUGCACAGCUUCUGCCGCUUCCCGACAAGACCUGGUGAGUGCAUCAGCCAGGGCUCCAUAUAGCACCAUGCAUGCAAGCACGGAGCUUCGGGGCGCCACCGGUUUCCCUGGUAGCACCAGCUGCAGCUCACUCUGACAAUCGCCUCUUGCUGCCAUGGAACACCAUUUAAUCUGUCAGAUUGUUGUAGCUAAGCUAACGUCCUAAUAUCAUUUUGUUGGAUAACUUUGAAGUUUUUGCUGCUUAUGGAAGUGAUAUAGGAACAUGGUAGCCAUCAGUUUGGUGUAAAACAUCUGCAUUUUUGUUCAUGAUCCAAGCUUAUUUUUAUGUAUUAAAGAUUAAUUUGCUCAUCUAAGUUGUUUUUUGCACUAAACUUGGCAGGCAUUUGUGGUGCCAUAGAUGCACUGAUCUGGAAAAACAGCUUUUAAGCAUACUCCACUUGGCACUUUAUUAAAGGUGCUUAACUCCUUACAGGGAAAAUGGGUACACAAAGGUAUGUUACAGAAUUGGAUGAGCAUUCCAGCUUUCAUUCAUAGUUUCUUGUGGUGUAUGAAGCAGGCCGAAGUCACAAAAUGCAUUCAAUGUGACUGAAAUGAUUUUAUAGCACACAAACAUAGUACUAGUGCUUCCUUUGCAGCAAGGAAAACUGGCUGCUUUGAUAAGGCCUUUGAUAUGGAAGAUACAAGUUCUUCCCCUUCUUUGAGCAAAAAACCUCUUGUAUGGCCUCAGUGAGGAGACUAGAAGCUUUCAAUUUUGAUAGCAACUCACUAUGUUUACUUUUUUGCAGCUGAACCUGGACAAACUGUGGUUAGCCUUUAAGUAGAAUUUAGAGCAAUAAUAAUAAUAAUAAUAAUAAAUUUUAUUUAUAUCCCGCCCUCCCCAGCCGAAGCCGGGCUCAGGGCGGCUAACAACAAUAAAACAGUACAAAAGUACAGCAUAAACAACAGUCUAAAAUCAUUCGUUAUAAAAUUAAUUAAUUCAAGCCACUGGCAACCAUUGGGCCAGAGCUCCGCGAAGAUUGCCGAGGGAGGGAGUCAGGCUGUGCCCUGGCCAAAGGCCUGGUGGAACAGCUCUGUCUUGCAGGCCCUGCGGAAAGAUGUCAAGUCCCGCAGGGCCCUGGUCUCUUGUGACAGAGUGUUCCACCAGAUCGGAGCCACAGCCGAAAAGCCCUGGCUCUAGUUGAGGCCAGCCUAACUUCUCUGGGGCCUGGGACCUUCAAGAUGUUUUUAUUCGAAGACCGUAAGUUUCUCUGUGGGGCAUACCAGGAGAGGCGGUCCCGUAGGUACGAGGGUCCUAGGCCGUAUAGGGCUUUAAAGGUUAAAACCAGCACCUUAAACCUGAUCCUGUACUCCACCGGGAGCCAGUGCAGCUGGUAUAGCACCGGGUGAAUGUGAUCUCGCAGCGAAGACCUCGUAAGGAGUCUCGCUGCAGCAUUCUGCACCCGCUGGAGUUUCUGGGUCAGUCUCAGGGGCAGCCCCACGUAGAGCGAGUUACAAUAAUCCAGUCUGGAGGUGACCGUCGCAUGGAUCACAGUGGCUAGGUCAGGGCGAGAGAGGUAAGGAGCCAACUGCUUAGCUUGGCGGAGAUGGAAAAAUGCCGCCUUUGUUAUAGCUGCAAUCUGCGCCUCCAUGGAAAGGGAGGUGUCGAAGAUUACACCCAAACUCUUAACGGACGGUGCUGGCACUAAUUGCCCCCCGCAAGAGAUGGGAGUUGCCCCCCCAAUCCCAUAUCGCCCCGUCCCAGCCACAGGACCUCUGUCUUCGAAGGAUUUAGCUUCAACCGGCUCCCACGAAACCAUCCAGCCACAGCUUCCAAACAUCUAGUCAGUGUGUCUGGGGCCGAGUCAGGAUGGCCAUCCAUCAACAGAUAGAGUUGGGUGUCAUCGGCAUACUGAUGGCAACCCAGCCCAAAACUCCGAACAAGCUGGGCGAGGGGCGCAUAAAGAUGUUGAAAAGCAUCGGGAGAGUAUCGCACCCUGAGGUACUCCACACACCAAGGAGUGGCGCGAUGACAAUUCCCCCCCAAGCGCCACCCUCUGUCCCCGACCAGAGAGAAACGAGCGCAGCCAUUGAAGGACUGUGCCCUGGAUCCCCACGUCGGCAAGGCGGUGGUCUAGAAGUUCGUGAUCGACCAUGUCGAAAGCUGCUGACAGAUCUAGAAGAAUCAGCAGCCCCGACCCGCCUCGAUCCAGCUGUCUACGAAGAUCAUCUGUUAGGGCAACCAGAGCCGUCUCGGUCCCAUGACCAGUGCGGAAGCCGGACUGGAAUGGAUCCAGAGCCGAUGUUUCAUCCAGAAAACCACCAAGCUGUUCAGCAACCGCUCUCUCAAUCACCUUACCCAGGAACGGAAGAUUCGAAACCGGGCGGUAAUUGGAUAGAUCUAAAGGAUCUAAUGAUGUUUUCUUUAAGAGCGGGCGCACCACUGCCUCCUUCAGUUCCCCUGGGAAUGUCCCCGUGCCAAGGGACAAAUUGAUGAUAUCCCCAGGAGGGCCCGCACCUCGCCUGGACACGCUCUAAUCAGCCAAGACGGGCACGGGUCGAGAGGACAGGUGGUGGGCUUUCCAGCUCGGAGGAGUCUGUCCACAUCGGCUGGGGAUAUCCGGUCGAAGUGGUCCAAUACUGGACCCGAGGACAGUCGAGGGGCCUCCAGUUCCUUUAUUGUAUCCAAAUUGGCCGGGAGGUCAUGGCGGAGCAACAAGACCUUCUCCGCAAAAAAGCUCGCAAAUGCCUCACAGCUGUGUGUCAAAUUGUUAUUUAAAUUUGGCUGUCCCUCAAGGGACGUUAAAGACCUGAUUAUACUAAAUAAUUGCGCCGGGCGAGAGCUUGUGGAUGCAAUGGAGGCUGAGAAGUAUGACUUCUUAGCAGCCUUCACCGCCAUCUCGUAGGUUUUCAUAAAAGCCCUAUAAGAUGUUCUUGAGGCUCCGUCACGGGCACCCCGCCAUACUCGCUCUAGCCGUCUGAGGUCCCGCUUCAUUUUCCGGAGCUCCUCGGUAAACCAGGGAGCCCGGUUUCUGCGGGGUCGCAGAGGGCGCUUAGGUGCGAUCUCAUCGAUGGCUGCCAGGAGCUGGGUAUUCCAGCCCUCAACAAGCUCAGUCAAUGAGUCGCCAGGGGAGCAAGGUCCCGCAAGGCUUGGCGGAAUCUAUCAGGGUCCAUCAGCCUCUGCGGGCGAGCCCAAAUCGGCUCGCCACCUAAGCAGGGUGGGGGUGGAAAGUCAAUCCUGGCUUUCAGAGCGUAGUGAUCAGACCAUGGCACCUUCAUCGAAGGAGACAUGAUCACAUCUAUACCUACGCCAAAGAUCAAAUCCAGCGUGUGGCCUGCUUGAUGUGUGGGGCCCGAAACAAACUGGGAGAGCCCUAGUGUCGCCAUGGAAGACACCAGGUCCAGAGCCUGUGAGGAGGGAGUGGCAUCAGCAUGGAUGUUAAAGUCCCCCAAUACCAAUAGGUUAGGGAACUCCAAGGCCCAGCCGGCCACCGCCUCCAAUAGGCCUGACAGGGUGGCUGCUGGUGCGCUAGGUGGCCGGUACACCAGCCAGACAGCCAAGCUCUCCUCGGAGCCCCACACUAGGCCAACACAUUCAAUGCCGGGGAUCGAUGGCGAUGGUAGAGCCCUGAAAGGACAAUCUUCCCGGAUUAAUAAUGCCACCCCCCGGCCCACAGUCCGCGACUGGUGGAGGACGGAGAAACCCGGGGGCGCCAUCUCUCGUAAGGUAACUGUUGCCCCUUUGCGCACCCAGGUCUCCGUCACACAAGCCAGGUCGACCCCCUGCGAGAUAAAGAAAUCUCGCAGGGUGGCGGUUUUAUUGCCUAUAGACCUGGCAUUGCACAGCACCAGUGACGGAGGUGAGUAAUCCUUGCUCACCCUACCCUCGUCCCUUGGGAUGGGGCGCAGAUUGGAAGGGGUACGAGCGUAUCCAUAUCUCGAUCCCCUUCGCCUAUAACAUCUGCCCCCACCGCCAUACCUCCCUCGCCCUCCACGGUAGCAAUCCCAGGCCUCAUGGUAGCCUCCAUUGAUGGCAUUCUUUCGCAGCCUAAAACAAUAAAACCUUAAAACAAUAAAAACAAAAAACAAAACAACCCAGAAAACAAUAAAACAAUACAAAUAAAAACUGCAAAAAUUACAAAUUCAUCAAAAUCUAACAAAUUCCCAAGCCCACCCAAACAUCCAUCCCACCCCCAUAUAUAAAAAAUCUAAAGGGAAAGGAAAAUAUUUAAUAAUAAUAAUAAUAAUAAACAUGUUAAAAAGAACUCUGCACCCCUCCGGGUCCUCCUGGGCAGUAGCAGCAUCAGUGGCAACAACCAUACUUGUGAAGCCCCACCCUGGGCCAGAUAGUAAGUGGCAGGAGCAGUCCUUGUGAGGCCUGCCAGGCCCUCCCUGGGCUAGGUGGUAAGUGGCAAGAAGGAGCAGGGCCCUCAGGUGCUCACCACAGGGGAGUCUUCCUGGGCAGCAGAGCAGUCCUUGUGAGGCUUCAGGCCCCGCCCCAGGCCAGAUGGUAAGUGGCAAGAGCAGGGCCCUCAGGCACUCACACAGGGGAGUCUUCCUGGGCAGCAGAGCAGUCCUUGUGAGGCUUCAGGCCCCGCCCCAGGCCAGAUGGUAAGUGGCAAGAGCAGGGCCCUCAGGCACUCACCACAGGGGAGUCCCCCUGGGCAGCAGAGCAGUCCUUGUGAGGCUUCAGGCCCCGCCCCAGGCCAGGUGGUAAGUGGCAAGAAGGAGCAGGGCCCUCAGGCGCUCACCACAGGGGAGUCUUCCUGGGCAGCAGAGCAGUCCUUGUGAGGCUUCAGGCCCCGCCCCAGGCCAGGUGGUAAGUGGCAAGAAGGAGCAGGGCCCUCAGGCACUCACCACAGGGGAGUCUUCCUGGGCAGCAGAGCAGUCCUUGUGAGGCUUCAGCAACAAGUCCACUUCAAACUUGGUUUAAAACCCUGGGUUGUUUUCCUAAACUAUAGUUAAUGCUAAUCACAGUUCUUUCUUUGGACAAAAUGAGUCACUGUAGUUAGUUGAAAACAGAAGUGAAAGCUGCUGAUCUCUUCCUUGCAUCCAUAGCAUGGGAGGGAGGUGUUUGUGAACCCAACACGCACCCAGGCUCACUUCUGUAGAGCAGCCAAGGUGGAUAAAAAUAAAUGAUUUUUUUAAAAAAAUAAUCAGAUUUUUUAAAAAAAAUAAAUUGGAUUUUUAAAAUAAAAUGCUUUUGGAGGAAAAGAUAGUGUUCUAUUUAAGUUACAUUAUACAGUGGUACCUCGGGUUAAGUACUUAAUUCGUUCCAGAGGUCCGUUCUUAACCUGAAACUGUUCUUAACCUGAAGCACCACUUUAGCUAAUGGGGCCUCCUGCUGCCGCCACGCCGCCGGAGCCCAAUUUCUGUUCUUAUCCUGAAGCAAAGUUCUUAACCUGAAGCACUAUUUCUGGGUUAGCGGAGUGUGUAACCUGAAGCGUAUGUAACCUGAAGCAUAUGUAACCCGAGGUACCACUGUAGUCCAAAGGCUAUUCAUCAGGAAAUAAGGAUUUGUUUUAAGCUUUUCAUGUGUGCUAAAACUAAGUCUGGUGGUGGUGUUUUUUAAAAAAAUCAUUUAACCACAUCAGUUAACAAACAUUGAUACACAUGCUAUAAUGUAUAUUGUUUUAGUUAAAUAAAUUGUUUAAAUUGUUACUAAGGAAAUGAUUAUUUUUCUCCUUCCAAUAAAGUACAGCAGAAAAGUUGUCCAAAAAUAAACAAUAAUUUACCUGUCUUUGUAUUUCUAAUUGUAUAACCAAAUCAGUAAUUUUUGAUAUAACUGUAAAAACUACUCUGAAAAUUUAUUAUUCCAAAAAUGAAAUCUUCAUCUGGUUGUAAAUAUUAAGAUUAUACCAGAAAUAUAAUCAUUUUUUAACAGUCUUUCUGUAAAAAAAUGAUUUAAAUCAAGUCUUACUGACUAGUGAUUUAAAUCACGGCUUACUGACUAGUGAUUUAAAUCGUGAUUUAAAUCAAAUCCACCCUGAGAGCAAUGCUAUGAUGUAGUGUUAUGUCUGACCCCAGACAUUUUAUUGUGAGUAGGUUGAGCUUGGGAUGCAAGAAUCCCUAGGCAUGGGAGCUGCCACUGACUCCAGUGAGUAAGCUUCCCCAAUGUUACACUGAGUAAAUAUCUUGUGUGAGCAGAUAUUUGUGCAGAUGGGAGCCUUUAAUAACAUUGGCUUUUAAUCUGGAUUCUUCACUGGAGUGGAGUGUACUUGCCUUAUGCUACGUGCAUGCAUUAAGGACCUGGCCUGUUGUCCCAGGAUAUACGGCAUAUUGGUAUCUAAACUUUAUAGGUUCAGCAGCUAUGUUUUAAUUAUUUCUCACUGUGUUUGUAACAAGGAAACGAGUAAAAAAAAAAAAACUUUUAAGUGCCUACUAUUAUAAAUAAAAAGUAGGAAUUGGAGAGUAUGAAUUCUUAUUUGUGUCCUAGCAUUAUGUGAUUAUGUGUUACAAUAAGACAUUAUGAUUGAAUCUGUGCAGAUAUAUUCAGCUGCAAAUAGUUCUAUAAGCUGUUCCCUAUAAGCUAUUGCCAUAGUGUUAUAUACUGCCAUAAUGAUUCUGUGUUAAAACCAAGGAUAUUUCACAAUCCAUUGUAUUAAGAGCAUGCCUGUGCAAGUCUUACUCAUAAUUUCCCAUCCAUCCCACUAUAAUAAUGAAAUUAUGCACAUUUAGCUGUAGAUACCCUGUGGGUGAAGAAGAUGUGAACACUCAAGCAGUACUUUAGAUAUAUUGAGAAAGGCUUCAUACCUGCUUCAAGCUUCCCUUUAGCUGUCUUUGAAUUAGGCCCCAUAGAGGCAGCAGAACAUUUUUGGUUUGGCUAUGGAAUAAUCUGCCAUUGUUCGAUAUGGUAGAUAACUAUGAAGGUGAACACUAAGACUGAAAUAAUGGCUUGCAGGCCCACUGAACUAAUUUUUGUUGUUGUCAGGUGUAGCCCCCUUUUGCGGAGCAAAUUUGUAUUUGCAUCAAUUUCAUUCUUUCAGUCUCCUUUAAAUUGUUUCCUGCUUGGCAGGGGGUUGGACUCGAUGGCCCUUGUGGUCUCUUCCAGCUCUAUGAUUCUAUGAAAUUUAUUGUAGUCCACAGACUGCUUAAUUGUGUACUAACAAUAUGAAACUUACUGGUUGGACAGAGAAAAUGUAUAUUUAGCUGCAUUGAUGCCAGAGAAGUUAGUCCACCAACAAUGAACCUUAAAAACAUGUCUCAUUAAUCCAUAGCUGGACAGAAGGCUUCUCAGAUUUCAUGAACACCAGCAUACAGCAAUGCCUAGUGGUACCUCGGGUUAAGAACUUAAUUCGUUCUGGAGGUCUGUUCUUAACCUGAAACUGUUCUUAACCUGAAGCACCACUUUAGCUAAUGGGGCCUCCUGCUGCUGCUGCGCCACCGCUGCACAAUUUCUGUUCUCAUCCUGAAGCAAAGUUCUUAACCCGAGGUAAUAUUUCUGGGUUAGCGGAGUCUGUAACCUGAAGCCUAUGUAACCCGAGGGACCACUGUAUACAUUGUCAGUGACAGUGCAUAAAAAAUGCAUUCUGCAUGGCAAUGAAGUUGGCAAGAAGGCCCACUUCUCCGUCUCCACUGCAUCCAGUAGAGCUUUUCUGUAUUGUCCAGGGUCUGCUAACAUCUACUCCUGACAAAAACAUGUUAGACUCUUCAGAAGCCCGUUGUGGCUUGUUUGCCAAGACACUUUGAGGAUAAUGUUGUUCUGCUCCAUAGCAAUCCUAAUGUCACAUCCAUAUUCACUGCAUUCUCUCUCUCUCUCUCUCUCUCUCUCUGUGUGUGUGUGUGUUCGUGUGUGUCUGUGUGUUCAUGUUCAUGUGUUCAUUCUGUUCCUCUACGGUACAAGCAGAAAUGCCCACCCCACACCUCUUUCCUCCUUCGUGUUUUUAUAGUUUUGUAUGUUAAUAGAAAACAAAACAUGAACCCCAUUUGAACUGCCUAUUAAAGAUGUUAUUUUAAUACAGUUUACCUCUUAAUGAGUGGAUGAAUGAAAGUAGGCUUGCCCAUUGUGUCAGACCCAGGAGUAGCUCAUUGCUGAGCAAGAAUUUGAACACAAUUCUUCCAAGAUGCAACUUAAUCUGCUGGACUACAGUACACAUCUCAGUACGCAUCUCAUUCUCUCUGUAAGAUCUUCCAGACCAUGGGUCAGUUGCUGGCAGAUAUAACUGCAGAAAUGGCCUCAAUUGUACUGCUCAUUAUUUGUCAAUAAUUUGUACUAUUGGUACCUACUCCUUCACCCUGGAAUAGUUUUAAGAAGGACUUCAUAAUUUCAUAUUGUCAUAAUUAUCAAUUAAUGUAGGCUACUUCACAUCAGGAAAUACGGUACAUUUGUUACUUGACCAGUCAAAUAACAGUUGUGUAUUUAAUGGGGCUAAGUAUGUCUAUUCAGAAGAUCCACUAUUUAGCUAUAUCUGUAACAAAGAAGCUAGACGUGUACUAUUUGCAAAAACAAUAACCCUCUUGCUAAUUAAAAUUCAGCGGUAUUCUAAAUUAUUGUAAUCUGUUGUUGGUUUUUGUUUAUAAUUAACAUUGCUCUAACCAGCAUACAAAUUAAAUGUAAAAAAAAACUAAACAAGUUCCUGUCAUUGUUUUACAUUGUAGCUUGUGGAUUUGCAAGCCAAUACUCGGAGAUAGAUGUUUUUGACAAAAUAGGAAUCUACAGGGCUGUAAUUCUGUGCACAUCAAUUAUUUAUGCACAUUUUUAUGUAAAUUAAUAGGAGGCUAAAUCAUGGUUUAGCAUUACUUCUGAAUGUGGACAUUGUUGUCUUUAGUCUAACAGAACUGUUGUAGGGAUAGAAAAUAUUUCUUUCUUUGGUGGAUUAUUUUUUUAGUAGAUGUCUAGCCUGCAAACCUAUGCACACACAUACUAGGAUGUAUAUGCCACUAGAUUGGGGGCAGGUCUUGUUUCUAAGACAACAUGUGUAUAGCUGGGCUGUUACCUUAGCUUUGCAUUCUAGUUUUCCAUAUUCCAUAUUCUUCAAAUUUUCCAUUAUCCGGAUUUUGUCAGAGUGUUCAAGAGAAACAUUUUUCUUCAUUGGAAGCUAUCUCUGUUGGGCCUUUAAAAAUGUGUACUGACCCAAUUUUUUGUUUCUCCAGAGGAGGAGAUAGGUUCCAGCUGGAAGCACUCCAAUGUCUUCUCUAAAGUCAGAAAGCAUGCUUCUUGUUCGGAAACUCUCUCUGGAGCCUAGAAAAAUAUGUAAACAAAAGAAACAUUUUGUUGCAUUGGAGAAGAAUUUGGUGGCCCUUUUCUCUGUUGUUUACUAUUUUAGAACUGCGAGUAAACUUGAAAGUAUGUAGAGAAUCAUCUACUGUUCACUACUAGCUGGUUCACACAUGCGUGUUAAUCAUUCAGUGACUGUAGCAUUAAAUCAUUAUUUCUGUGUAUGCAUCCUUUAUUGCUGAUCAAGCACCACAGAUGCAGUUUUCCCCCCCUAAAACAGAGCUUUUCAGUAGUUCACAUAUCCCUUCUAGGUAGUAAUUAGAAAUAAAAUUAUGUAUAAAACAUGUGUGAGGCAGCCCUUACUGACUUCAUUUGCCACAACCUACCAGCCAGAAAAUGAAACCCUUAUGUUUAUUAGAAAAGUACCUUUACUGCCCCUCUCCCCGCUGAAUUAUGUUCUUCAGGAUCAGCGCAACUCAGUUGAAGCCUUAUAUGGGGUGUUCUCUCGUUACAGUAUUUGGGGAAGGUCCACGUCUCAGUGAUGGAGCAUUGGCUCUGCAAUUAGUCCCAGGUUUAAUGCUCAGCAUCUCCAGAUAGGGCUGGAAAAGUCUCCUGCCUGAAAGUACUCUUGCAGCCCACUUAGCAUUAAAAGUUAGACUGCCCUGGAAUAUGCAGCCCUUUUAUUGGGAGGUUUUUAAUGCUUGGUGUUUUAUGUUUUUAGAUAUGCUGUAAGCCGCCCGGAGUGGCUGGGGAAACCCAGCCAGAUCGGCUGGGUAUUAUUAUUAUUAACCAGUCACCGGGAGUCUGCUAGUCUCUUGCUAAUUUGCCAGUAAUUUCCAUAUUAUACAAGUGAUACUUCACUUUAUUGCUUUAAUAAUUUGGUCAAAAUUUGUGGAACAAAUAUGGAUCAGAACUAGACAUAGAAAAGCCUAAAUCCUUCUCACCUCUCUAACAGUAAUUCAGAAAUAUUUGUGUGUCAGCUAAAAAGAGAAAAUAACUUGUUUUGCUACAUUAUUGCUAAUAAUGUCAGUGCAACCUAUGAUUAUAGAAGACACCAGUGAUCUAUGAUGAAACUGGUUAAGAUAAACUUUUUGCAAAGAAAGGGUUUUUAUUUAAACUGAAAAGUACAGUGGCUAGCCUUUUCUGUAUUAUUAAUGGCACUGCAAGCUUUAAUCAGUUUAGACGGCAAUCUAUUAAAGACUCUAUAGAGGUUUUGGUUGUGCAGAUUUAUUUAUUGAAAUGUGAUGAUGAUGAUGUUGAUAAUAAUAAUAAUAAUAAUUUAUUUGUACCCCGCCUAUCUGGGCAGCUUCCAAGAAAGAUUAAAAAUACAUUAAAAUGUCAGACAGUAAAGGUUGAAUAAAUUUAAAUUCCAUUUCAUGGUAGUUGAUUGAUAGGCACAAUCCUCAGCAAUUUUUAAGUUCUGUCAAAUAGUAAAGUUAUGUUUUUUGUUUGACCAGUUUUUUUCUUUGGUGCAAACUUUUGUAUUCAAUAAGCUAUUCUUCAGGUGUGGUAGUUAAGAGAAAAUUAAAAUAAACUACUUACCCAUCUUUGCUGAAAGUUGCUUCUUCUCACAGUUGAAUACAAGAAUUCUAGAUGUGAUGCAAGGUGUUAGUGUGUAUAUCUGUGUAUAUGACCUGUGUCCAACAAAAAAAGGAAUGGGCGGAUUUAGUAGGCCGCUCAUGUGCAUGUGCUGGUGUACCAAACUUUAGAAUCUUAAAAUAUUUAUAGAGAUAAGCAUGGAGAUAUGCAAGGUAAAUUUGGUAAAAUGUUCACAGGAAAGCCAUCGUUAGUCAAACUUGAAUAAAACAUACAAGACAAAAGAUUUUUUUAUCAUGUGUACAGAUGUAGAAAAAGGGAAGGAAGCAGAGAUGGUUUUUUCUCUAUUACAAGAGAGCUUACAGAUAAAUGUGAAUGUGUUGGAGAAUUUAGGGGAUUUCUGAGGAUAUGAAUUUGCAUGCGGUAUGCAAAUAAAGCUCAAAGAAUUCUGUAGUUUUUCUUUGUUUUGUGCUUACAAAUGAAUACAUAAAGUAAUCAUGACUGAUGGUGUGGAAAGAGCCACACCUUAAAAAUUCUUUUUCAAAAUCAUGUUUCUUAAUUCAAUAAAAAUUAGAAUUAGGAUAGGUUUGGUGAUGGGAAAUCGUUCUUGACAAAUCUCCUUUAAUUUCAUAUUGAUAACUUUUAAAUAAAACCUCUUUCGAUACACAUGAUCACCAAAUGCAUUAAAAAAAAAGAAAGUACAGAAAGGUUUUCAUUUUGUAAACCAGCAGCUCUAUAUUGGUGUAGUAGGCAAAGGGUACCAAUAAAUCAGCAACAUGUCCAUCCCUUUGAAGAUCAAAUGCAUUUUGCUUGCAUUCAUUCAUUUCAGCAUCAGCAAUGACAACUUACUGUUUCUCCUGUGUUGACAAAAAUUGUUAGCUGUAGCUUUUGCUCUGGUAGGGGCAGGUUUGUUUGCACCCCCUUAUGACACCCCACCCCCUGUUAAUCAUGGGUGAUUUAGUUGAGAUUCCUGCAUUGCAGGGGAUAAUACUAGAUGACUCUUCAGGGCCCUUCCAACUCUACAAUUCUGUGACACUGACAUGGCUCCCUAGGGAAGCUGGUAAGGUAGUCCUUGCUUUUUGGACCUUUAACAUUUCAAGACCUAGACUGAAGGCAAGUGGGAGGUCCUCCCAAAAAACUGAGCAAUGUGAAAAGUGGCACAGAGGCUGCAGACGGGAAGAGGAAUUGACAAAAGUAAGCUCUCCCCUUGAGCCAACAGAGUCCCUCUGGGGAAUCAAAAGCCCUUCUGCAGAUGGAAGGAGCCCUUCUCUUUGUGGAUGAAGAAGUUUGGCUUCUACCGAUGGUUUGUGCAAUGUGCUCAGAGAAUGUACAAAAUUCGGCCAUAGACACAUGGAAUUCUAGAAUUGCAAGGGACUAUGAGAGUCAUCUAGUCCAACCCUCUGCAAUACAUGAAUCUUUUUGCCCAACGUGGGGCUCAAACCCAUGACCCUGAGAUUAAGAGUCCCAUGUUCUGCCAACUAAGCUAUGAAAAUAUACACAAAUGCCCCAAGGCCUGCCGGAGACAUGUGUACAAUUCCAUCUUCAUAGACAAAUGAUGUGCACAUUCACCUUAAGUCAUGCUGAAUGUGUUAGCAUGGUUCGUUGUUAUUCACAUCUUAAGCAAGUAGCCUGGAGUAAUGCACCUCAGGCACAGGGCCUAAUGCAGCCCUCCAGACCUCUUUAUCCAGUGCUUCAGACUCUCCCCAGGAAAUAUGCCCCAACAGGCCUGUUCUCAUUCUCUCAAGUGUUUUUGAACUGGGAUAAUGUAUCCUGCUUGCCGGGAUGGAGGUACUGGGAGGGGAGGGAAGAGGCUUUAGAAGAGCCCCAUCAAUGAGGCAAGGACUUUCACUUGUGCAGCAAGGCUUCCUCCCUUCCACUCUGUUCCCUAUGGAAUUGGACCACAAUUCCCACUUCUCUCAACUCCAAAAUAGACCCUGUCUUAAUUGUAUUCCUUUGCUAGAUUUCAAAGAGUUGUGGGGGAAACCAUUAUUUUCAGAUAUCAUAUUUUAUUGCCUUCCAUAAGAUAAUCUAGCUCCCUCCAUACCCAAUUCAAACUGUUGCUUCCCUUGAUAGUAAAAGAAGCCAUAUAAUAAUCUGUUUUCCUUGCUGUUUCUUCAGCUACCCACCAGCCACAGACUUAAACUUGACAUGCUUCUUUCUACCCCGCAGUAACUGAUUUGCUUCUUGGAUUUGCCAACAUCUACUAAAGCACUUGUUAGCACAGACAGCAUGCCUAUUUUCCUUCUACCUGUGUUUCUCUUUAGUUAUUUAUCCAAUAGAAUACGGUAUGAGAAAAGAAAGAGGGCAAAAGGGUUCAUUUUAAAGUGGCGUUUUAAAAUAUUAAAAAACUACCAGCUUAAUUAUUCAUUUCCUUCAGGCUUAAACAAGAGAACAAGUAGGCUUCUCUCCACUGCCUAGGGUUAAUUCACAUGCAUGCUUGCCAUAAAUCAAAUUGCACAAGUUGGCCCAGAGUGGCAGAGCCCUGCUCUACCUCUAGGCUCUGAGAUUAGUGCUAUUUAAACACGCAUUUCUGGAAGCUGGGACAAUCUUGGAGGACAAUCUUCAAUAAGAAUGAAUACUGUGUCUAGUUCUUGGCACCACAGUUUAAGAAGGAUUGACAAGUUCUUCCUGACAUUUAGUUGGAAUCUCCUUUCUUGUAAUUUGAAGCCAUUGGUUUGGGUCCUACCCUAUAGAGAUUCUUGGGUAGAAGUCAUGGGCUUUAAAUGUGCGUUGGAUGUGCUUUAAAUGUCCCAUGUGGCUCUAAAACUUUGAUACUUGGUCAUAAACUCUCUGAGAGAACUCAAAGACAUUUUAGUGUAGUCUUAGGUCCUCAUUAUGAAUCAGCAGGAUUUGUGACAGGAAUAUAAGGUGCCACUGUGGAGCUAUUAAAGCAGUUUGUAAUUGGUGUUAACUAGUAGAAUUUUAGCAGUCGUUGAACUUUCAGUGACAUCUAUAGGAUUUAAAAGUAACUUGGCUGGAUUUUUUCAUAAAUGUUCUUGGUCAUAAAUGUUCUUGGGUGCUCCUUCCUCUCCUAGUUUAAUUGCAGAACUAAGCUAAAGAGUGGAGGCGUGACAAUUAUACAAUUAGUUUAGUUUUCAGAAAAGUGAAUUAGUCUGAGUCUUUAUAGUUUGAAAAAUCUCACAUGUACGUGAAUAAUUGAAGAAAGGUGAUUUGAUUGAGAUACCCAGCGUUUAGGUUUGUACUUUGCAGUGGUCUAAAACUUUAAGAACAUAAUUUAGUUUGUUGAUUACAAUUCUGGGUGUAAUACCAUACACAGGAAUGAAAAAAGUCACAUGACACAGUUAAUAUUCCUCAUCUCCUUGUCCUGCAUUGCACAGUGUUAAUAAUUCACACACCAUAAAUCAAACAUAACUUGCUCCUACAUGCCUACAUAUUUUUGAAAUAAGACUCCCCCACAGGCAAGCCUGUUCAGUUGUGGGGGCAGAAUUUGUUUAUAGGAGUUCUCCACGUUCUCUUUCUGAACGAGUACUUCCUGAGCCAGAGCUAGGUCUAGGAACCUUUUUCUAGGAAGAAUAUUGAAAUCAACUUUCUGUCUUGAGUAAGUGGGGAAAGUGAAUGAAUUUGUAGGUGUGUUGCUAAAAAUUAAACCUUUGAUGUGCAGAAACCUACCACUCUUCCCUUAAUACAUUUUAAUGAAAGUCUGCCCUACUUUGGGGACAAUUUGGUGUGAUCUAAAUACUGACAUGAUUUCCAUUUCAGGUAUACUAAACCACUAACCUUUGCUGACUGCAUAAGUGAUGAAUUACCAUUGGGAUGGGAAGAAGCAUAUGACCCCCAGGUUGGAGUCUAUUAUAUCGACCACAACACCCGUAAGUGUUAAAUGAUUCUGUAUGUAAUAAUAAUUCACACAUAUUAUAGCCAUCUAAUAAAAUCCAUCUGGGCGUCUCAUGUUGAGAUACAUCUGCACCUUGAAUUUGCUUGAUAUCCCUAACUCUACCAUACACUGAUCUCCUGCUUCAAAAUGUCUGGCUGGUCUGAUUCUUAUUUAGCUAAAGCAUGUAACUUUUUGUUGAUGAAUCAAAGCAUAUAUAUAUUAAUAAAAACAGAAUUGCUAUGCUUGUUCACAUUCUGUCCUUGUACAUUCCUGAUGCACCUUGUGAUUGAUACAAGGGACAUGAAUCCUCUAUUGCAGGUAUAUGACAGAGGGUUUUUCAUUAUUACUAAUGAGAAUUAGAUAAGAAACUACUUUCAAGUAUUACAUAUUAUAAACAUCCCACCUGAUCCAUUUCUUUCAUUGUUUCAUUUUUCCUUUUGAUUUGGAAUUCUGAGGAUACACCUGUUUCUUGAAUAUAGGCAUAAUUUUAGUGACUCCUCCCCCCCAAAAAAUCAUUCAAUUUUUUUCCUCAGAGUUUGCUGAUAUAUUUAAACAUAUUGUUAAGUUGUUAUUGGCUUGCAUAUGGAGUUGUUCCUUCUGUUCAUAGAGAGGUCUUUGAUCCUGUGGCACCUGGUGCUGGUGGGGGCAGGAGGUGAUUUUUGCCGCUCCUCCUACAUCCUUCCAUGCCACUUCCUACACUAGUUUGGAUGGUCACCCAAACCCUCCAGAGCAAGGGGGUGGCAAGGGAUCAGGCCAGAGCAUCCCAUGAGUGGAACUCUGCUCACAGGAUCUUUGGAUUGAAGACAUUCUCUUUAUUCAUACAAUUUCUUAUUUAUUUAUGACAUUUGUAUGGUUACCUCAUAACAUAAAUUGCUAUAGAGAAACUUUUCUUGUUGUAAACUUACUGCUUGGGUGUUAGUGCUUAGUGCAGUAGUGUUGAGCAAGGUGUAAAUGAUUUAAAACUGUCUGUUAAUGAAAUGUAAACUCAUCAUACAUCAUAGUGCACGCUAGGGUCAGUGAAUGUUACCUGGUAGCUAAGCUAGAUGGAAAGCCCCGUUAGUUCUAAUACUGAUUAGAAGUAUCUAUUUUGGAAAGUUGUUUGCUAUGUAUGUUGGCACCUCUUAAGAGAGGUGGAGUUUCCUUUGAUGGUCUCCACAUAACAGCUUUUGACUGUUUCAGCUGAUUGGACAGCCAUCCUUUACAUAAAUGGGCCAACAUGAAAACUCAUAUUGCACCUGCCUAGGCGUUGAAAAAAAUGCUCUGUUUCAUUCUGGAGUACAUCUCAACAGGUGCCUUGUCAUUGCUCAGUUAGAUACCUGCUGCAGUAGAGUGGCUUAGAUUCUGAACUAUGAACCAUAAAUCCCUGGUUCAAGUCUUGUUUCAGCUGUGAAAAGGUGGCCUUAGAAAAGCUACUUUUUGUUUAACCUCAGUUCUGUAUCUGUAGUAUAUGGUGUUUGAAGCACUUUAGACUGGUCGAAAGCUCAGAUCUUUAGCUGUCUACUCAAAGCAAGUCCCACUGAGUUCAGUAGAUGUUAAGUCUCAGUUAAAUGGCCAUACGAUUACAGUCAAAACCACUGUGAAAAUGCUAGCUGCUGCUAGUUAAAUAUAAAUCUGUGAGGCUUAGACAGAAAAAUUAAACAGUUGGAAAACCAGAAUCAGAUUUCAAUUGAAAGAAAAAAAAGUUAGUGUUGGCCCAUCCCAAAACCUGUAAUCCAUUUUGCUGCUAAGAUCUACUUUAUGUCAUGUUAUGGAAGUGAUAAAUUGAAAUUUUAUUAGUGAUAUAGUACAUUGAAAUUUUUAAAGUUUUAAAUUUAGUUAAGUGAACAUAAUACGUGCAUAUUAUAAAUAGGAAGCCUGGUUUUAAAAAUGUUUUUCUGGCACAGAUUCCUUCAUUCUAUUACACAGACCUUUCACUGGCCAAAAAUUGUGGUUUAUAUGGUGCUAUCUAAAGCAAAGAUAAUAAAAUGGAACUCAGAACCUAGAAUAUUCGCCUCCUGACUACAUUAUUAAUGAACAUUCUCACGAAGUAUUUUUCCCAGGGCUUCAUUUUGAGGAUAUGGGAAGAAGCAAAAAUUACUAUCUCUUGGCAUUUGUCUCUGACGCAAGCAACUGGGUUGUUCCUCAGACUCAAAAUAAUCUGAGCUUUCUUAAAUACUGCACAUAUUUGGCAUUUUGGUUUAAAAGACUUGUGAGUGCCCCAGUGGGCCAUUCUUCUAUAGCUGCUGGACUGAAUAAAAGCCAGUGCCUGAGUACUUGCCGAAGAUGAUAAUUUAUUUGUUUUUUGAAGUUUAAGGAAUACUAUAAGCCGUUGUUUUUUCGGAUGGAACUGACAGCUCUUUUUUUUUUUGCUGCUGCUGCUCCUCCUCCUCCACUCCUCCACUUUAUGAGGGGUGUGCUCCCCCCACCCCCUCUUUCAAAAUAAAGGAAGGCUCAGUGGCUUCCUCUGGCUAAGAGAGAGCUUUGGAGAAUGACUGUCUCCCAUGAAAGGAAACUCCUCCUUCCUCCUUUAUCCUCUGCAGCACCCACAGCAACGAGUAAACAUUGGGCUGCUGACAUAUUUUUCCUGCUUAUUGCCUGGUGUGGUAUCGGCUAGCUGUAUCCUCCAUCCACUUCUUUGAAGUUUUGGGGUUAACAUUUAGUGGUUUCAGGCUGAGAGCUGCCACACCCACACCCAAACCCACCCACUCCUAUUUGGUUUUUUGGCUGCUUCUGCGGUCUUUACCGUGACUGUUUCCGUUACAGGGGUUGCCUCUUCAGUUAGGAGCAUUUUGUUUUUCUUUCAGGCAAUAUAUACUCUCUGGUCUCUGGGAAGAGGUGUUUUGGGUUUUUUUACUCUCUUUUCUCCUCACCAAACUACAAUAAUUACAUUGUGACAUUUUCAAUUGUUAUUUUAGCAGGCUGUUAUCAGCCUGAGUAUUUGAGUUCAUUUUGAGUCUACACUUGCUGAGUUUGCAAUUAUUUUUACACUUGCUUAUUUUGAAAUUAGUUUUUAUCCUAUAUUUUGUUGCCCAGUUUUCUCUUUGCCUCAGUCCCUUCUUAGUACACUUAGAAAAUUUGACAGUGAAUGGUGGAAUCUUAUGCCUUUUCCUUCGCAACCCCCUCCAAAAAACAUCAAGAAAGAUUUCCUGAUUGUCAGAGGUGCAGGAAAACAAGGAACAAAAUUUCCUCAUUGGAGCUAUCCUGUUGCCCCUUCCUCACCCACCUCAUCAAGGAAAGGGGAAUAGGGAAAAGAAAGGAACAACAGAUUAUCCCAAUCCCAUUACUCCUUCCUUCCCCCCAUCAAGGAAGCUUUCCUGGUUGUCUGGGGUGGGAGAAAGGAAGAGGCACCACAAUCACCCUGUUAGAGAAAUCCCUUUGUUAGUUCCUUCCCCGCACCCUAAUAAAGAAAUAUUUCUGUCUUUCUGGGUGUGCAGGAAAUGAGGGGCAGCGGGAUAGGUCCAUUCGCUGUUUGUGAGCACUUGCUUUGUCCCAGGAGGGGGCUUUUUCCAUAUGUGUGUUCCACUUAUUACGCCACAUGUUUGCACUCACAAGUGUGCCACAGAAGAAUAGAUUUCUGCUGAGAAAGAUGGAGAAAUGCAUUCCUUUGCUUUGUGUGCGAGAGAGAUGUAUUUAUGGAUGGUAAGCUCUUGUGUGGGAGAGGAAGUGGAGCAGCCACCUCGCAAAUGGUCUUUGGACAACGACAGCAUCAAUGUUUGUGGAGAAGAAUCAAUAGUGUGUUUUCCAUCAUUUAGGACCAGCCAGUAGAGCAUGAGACUCUUAAUCUCAGGGUCAUGAGUUUGAGUCCCACAUUGGACAAAAGAGUCCUGCAUUGCAGGGAGUUAGACUAGAUGACCCUCAUGGUUCCUUCCAACUCUGUGGCACACACUGUGUGAUUCCAUAAGUACAUGCCUCAGUGUGGCACCCAUUUUGUCAGUAAGAACUACCGUAUUUUUCGCUCCGUAAGACACACUUUUUCCCUCUUAAAAUCUAAGGGGAAAUGUCUGUGCGUCUUAGGGAGCGAAUGUGUGGUCCCUGGGGCUGGAGGGGGGACCAGGGCUCCCCCCGCCAGCCCCACAAGCUCUGGGAGCAGCGGGAAGGCUCUGCGCAUCCUGUCCGCUGCACCCUGAGCUGCUCUUUGGGGCUGGGGGGGGAACCCGGGCUUCCCCCUCCAGCCCCGACAAGCUCCUGAGCAGCUCUGGGGUAGCCAGUGAAGCCUCCGCAGGGCAGCGGGAUGGAUGAAGGCUCCCCGCUGCCUUGCGGAGGCUUUGCGCCGCUAAGGCAGAAGCUAAAAUAGCUAGAGAGAACGCUGCGUUGCGCCUCCGCAGGGCAGCGGGGAGCCUUCAACCCGCUACCCUGUGGAGGCUUCGCACGGCUAUCCCUGGCUUUUUGCGAAAGCCAGGGAUAGCUGCACUCCCUUUAAAGAGCGUGCGGCUCUUGCAGGAGGUGGGGGAAGGGACAGAGCGAGGGUCUCUCACUUCCCCCACCUUCCGCAAAAGCCCCAAAGAGCUGCGCUCCCUUUAAAGAACCGUGCACAGUGUUCUUUAAUGUCAGUGAUGGGCUGCCCUUCUGCCUCAUGGGGGAAAAGCCCCCAAGAGCCACACACACACACUCCACGAGGCUCGUGAAAGGAAGCGCUGAGCAGAGCCUGGGAUGCAUACAGGCUCUGCUCAGCGCUCCCUUUAAAUAUUUUUUUUUUUCUUGAUCCCCCCCCCCCCCAAGUAGGUACGCCUUAUGGAGCGAAAAAUAUGGUACUUGGUUCCUCAUUCAGAAAUUGAGACAAGUCAGCCAGGGAUUCUUUGCUUCUGUCUUUCUCUUCAGUGUUCUCUUUCCUCGUCCCCAUCCCCUUCCCCAAACUUGUCCAUACAAAACCAUUAAUGUUAUAAAUGUGAGACAAUCCCGGGGUACAGACUGCCAGAAGUUUAUAGAAUCAUAGAAUCAUAGAGUUGGAAGAGACCACAAGGGCCAUCGAGUCCAACCCCCUGCCAAGCAGGAAACACCAUCAGAGCACUCCUGACAUAUGGUUGUCAAGCCUCUGCUUAAAGACCUCCAAAGAAGGAGACUCCACCACACUCCUUGGCAGCAAAUUCCACUGUCGAACAGCUCUUACUGUCAGGAAGUUCUUCCUAAUGUUUAGGUGGAAUCUUCUUUCUUGUAGUUUGGAUCCAUUGCUCCGUGUCCGCUUCUCUGGAGCAGCAGAAAACAACCUUUCUCCCUCCUCUAUGUGACAUCCUUUUAUAUAUUUGAACAUGGCUAUCAUAUCACCCCUUAACCUCCUCUUCUCCAGGCUAAACAUGCCCAGUUCCCUUAGCCGUUCCUCAUAAGGCAUCGUUUCCAGGCCUUUGACCAUUUUGGUUGCCCUCCUCUGGACACGGUCCAGUUUGUCAGUGUCCUUCUUGAACUGUGGUGCCCAGAACUGGACACAGUACUCCAGGUGAGGUCUAACCAGAGCAGAAUACAGUGGCACUAUUACUUCCCUUGAUCUAGAUGCUAUACUCCUAUUGAUGCAGCCCAGAAUUGCAUUGGCUUUUUUAGCUGCCGUGUCACACUGUUGGCUCAUGUCAAGUUUGUGGUCAACCAAGACUCCUAGAUCCUUUUCACAUGUACUGCUCUCAAGCCAUCUUGUAUUUGUGCCUCUCAUUAUUAUUUUUUGCCCAAGUGCAAUACUUUACAUUUCUCCCUGUUAAAAUUCAUCUUGUUUGUUUUUGCCCAGUUCUCUAUACUUGAAUAUACUUGAUUAUUUACCAAAUAAGGUUGAGAAGCUCUGGAAGACGUCAAGUAAGAGGUCCUUGAAAAGGACUAGAUUAGAAGUUACAAACUCAAGUUUAAGUGUGUAAAGCGGGAAGAUGGGGAUUGGGCCCAUUUGUUGAAGUGUUGUUCACACCAUUGCAUUUCUGUGUUUAAUAGCAUUAACCUGCUGGCAUGUACACAGUGUAUUCCAGUCAAAAUGAGUUGUGCCUGCUUAUAGCCAUCAUACCAGCAGCCUCCAGAUGCUGAUAAAAUUAAAUGUUUUGGCUUGUGUCAGUGGCAGGUGACUUUCUGGAUCAUAGAUCAUUAAGCACUAAAGAAAACCUUCUGGCUUGCUUGGAUCCCUUUAAUGGCUGCGUUGCCACAACAGUUUUUACUAAAUAUUUAAAGGAACGCCUAAAUUAUGCAGAUUAGAUUCCUUUGGUAUCCUGCAGCCCCUCCAUAUUAAUUAUUCAUUAUGUGGUAACUAGGCAUCCUCACUCAAGCAUGAUUAGUUCAGACAGCCUGAAGCGUUUAACGCUGGCUGAAGAACUGAAACGCCUGUUCCUGGUUUCCAAACAAAAACCUGCAGCAGAACUGAGCGAAACACAAGACUUUUCUUUUUCUCAACACUUGAUCAGCAACACAAAUUCAAAUUAUUUGCAGUCUCUCAUAUAUUGGUGGCAUGGGGCACUUUGCUUACAUGACACCCAGGAGCUUCUGUGAAUCUCACAUGGGGAAUAACUAACAUUACAAGCCAAUUCAAUUACUUACCACAGUCUUGGCUGCAUUAUGUAAAGGUUGUUCUUGUUUCCCUGCCUUUGUCUGUUCCCUGCCAAGUAAAAGCAUGAGUAGGCCUAAAAAGAGUUGGCAUAUGCUGGGUGGUAUUCAACUAAGUUUUACACAGGGCAUACCCACCAACGUUUCUCCAAUGGAAAUAGGGAUGUCCUGUUCAACAACAGCAACAAUUUUAUUAUUUAUACCCUGCCCAUCCGACUAGGUUGCACCAGCCACUCUUGGCGGCUUCCAACAUAUAUAAAAACACAAUUAAACAUUAAACAUUAACAGACUUCCCUAUACAAGACUGCCUUCAGAUGUCUUCUAAAGGUUGUAAUUUACUUACCUCCUUGGCUUGGGGGUCUCAUAACUCCAUAUCCUCCAACAUUUCUCUGAUGAAAAUAGGGAUUUCCUAAGAAAAAGCGGGACAUUCCAAGAUCAACCUAGAAACCGAGAAAGCUUCUGUAAAUUCAGGAUUGUCCCUGGAAAAUAGGGACACUUGGAGGGUCUGAGAGGGUAGAUACAUAAAAACCUAGGAACAUGACUUUCAAUGGGUCUAUUCUGAGUGAAAUUUAGUUGAAUACCACCUUAUGUAUCUGUACUGAAGGAACAGGGAAAUCCAAACUUCCUUUGUGUCAUUUUAGUAAAUCCUAAAUUUAGAUUUGGAAAUCACUAACAUACUUCAUAUAAGAGUGAUGGGAGAGAAGGUCCCUGAAAAGCUUAGUAUCAGUAAUUUGAAAAAUCUUGAGAACAAAUUGCAUAGGGAGUGAUCAGAGAAAGAAGCAAACAGUAAGCUUAACUGGUCAAAUGCAAGAUGUGUUAUGUACAGUGCACAAUAUCUGUCUUGGCUGUUUAGUUUCCCCACUGGUAUGUUCAAGAUUGUUACCAGUUUCCAUGGGAGUAACAAUACUGUGUUAACAGAAACAAAUCUGAAAGGAGGUGCUUCAUUUAUGCUAAAUCUGUCCUGGUCUCCUGACAGGGAUAAACAAGCUUCUAGAGAGAGGGAAACAGACCUCUGUUUUUAAGGAAGGUGUAUGGUAUAUAAACAAUUGCACGCCUUUAGUGGGCAAGUUGGCAGUGUUAGAAAUGAGAAAUGGUGGAAACUUAUGUUCUAGGCUAGAUUUGGCUGUGUUUAUUUGUUUUAAGUUAUCUCUACCCUUUAUAGUAAAGAUGUUCACUUGUUUCAAAGAAACUACCCAGAUAGAGGAUCCUCGAGUGCAAUGGCGGCGGGAGCAGGAACACAUGCUGAAGGACUACCUUGUACUGGCACAAGAAGCACUGACUGCUCAGAAGGAGAUCUACCAGGUCAAGCAACAAAGGCUUGAACUAGCACAGCAAGAAUACCAACAACUUCAUGAUGUCUGGGAGCACAAGCUGGGGUCUCAGACUAGUUGUGAGUUCUUGGUUAGAUUUUUGUUCUUUAUCCUUGUUCUGCUAGUAUGUCAUGGAGCUUGGCAUCUACAGUGGUACCUCGGGUUACAAACACUCCGGGUUACAGACUCCGCUAACCAGAAGUUGUACCUCAGGUUAAGAACUUUGCCCCAGGAUGAGAACAGAAAUUGCGUGGUGGCAGCGGGAGGCCCCAUUAGCUAAAGUGGUACUUCAGGUUAAGAAUGGUUUCAGAUUAAGAAUGGACCUCCGGAACGAAUUAUGUUCUUAACCCGAGGUACCACUGUAAUCCUGUCUUACAACCUCCUGUCCCUUACACCAUAGGAUCAGUCUGUUGAAAACAAACCUAUCUCCUUUAAGCUAUACACUAAAAACAUUUCAUGAUCAUUGGUGCCUGUAGCAAUAGCUUUUGCAUAGCUGAGCUAUAUUUUGGAAUUUUCCGUCUUGCCUUUUGAAGGUUAAGAUUUGGAACUGUCUGAAGAUAUGGGCUACAAUCCACAAUAACUAUCCAUGAGAAAAAGAACUUCAUAAAAACCUGGAGGUUUUCCUUGCAGCAGCUCCCACUGCCAAGAAUUGAGCUGCUGUUCUGUUUUUAAAAGUAACUUUUGAAAGUGGUGGAUAGUGCAGACAAAUUUCAAAAGAAGAAUCAGCUGUGCAUUAUUUCCCUUAUUCAAGGGCAAAUAACAUUAGGUAAUACACAUAAACUACCACACAUAGUGUUUACAUGCAUGUAUAUAUAAAAAUGCUACUUGUGUCACUGCUGUUCCAGAUAAAUACUAUAUGACAUUAAUGUAUACAAAUAAGUUUGAUGAGUAGAAUCUGUCACAGUGACUUUUGUCAGUAGGAAAGGUUUUACUUUAAAUGCUGAAAUUCUAAAAACAGAAAACACCUUUAAAAUGGAAAGUUAGGAUUGGAAGAGCAAGCUGUUAUUUCUCGAAUCUUGAUGUUACAUUUGAGACAAGCUUUCAGUUGAAAUCACUGCAGAGUCCCUUGUUUCCAUUUUCUAAUACUUUUUGUCCCUCUAACCCUUCUUUUUCCGGAAACUGCUAGAUAGCCAACCCAAAAUUUUGUGUUUACAGCCAUUUAUUAUUAUUGUUAUUAACUCAAAUGCUUACGAGGGAAAUACUGUGAUUUGUUUGUAUACUUUUCUGUUCCUUCUUUGGUGUGCUUUUAAUAUUUGUUUUGUUUGUUUGUUUCCUUUUAUUGUAGUAGUUUCCAGUUCCUCAUCUAGCUCAAAAUAUGAUCCAGAAAUUCUUAAAGCGGAAAUUGCUACCACAAAAUCUAGGGUAAGAGGGGAAAGUGGUGCUUUUAAUUCCUUGUAAUGUAACAACCUGAAAUUUCCAAUGCUCCAGAGCAGGGGUCCUCAAACUUUUUAAACAGGGGGCCAGUUCCCUGUCCCUCAGACACUGUUGGGGGCCUGACUAUAGUUUUUUAAAAAUAUGAACAAAUUCCUAUGCACACUGCACAUAUUUUAUUUGUGGGGGAAAACAAUACAAUAUUUAAAAUGAAGAACGAUUUUAAUCAAUACAAACUUUCAAUGGGAAGUAUGUGCCUGCUUUUGGCUAAUGAGAUGGUCAAUAUUGCUAAUGCUCGUCCCUACAACCCAGCCUACACAUGGAUCUCCCUCACUCCCAUGGCCCAGUCUACAUGCAGGCCUUCCAUGCCCCCAUCCCCACAACCCAGCUUAUACAUGUCUCCCUAACUCCCUUCCCCACGACCCAGCCUAUGCAUGUGCUUCCCUAACUCAGAACCCAACGACCCAGCCUGCACCCAUGUCUCCUUUAGCCCCAUCCUCAUGACCCAACUUGCCGCAUGUCUCCCUAACCCCCAUCCACAUAUCCCCAGCUUGCACGCCUGUCCUCCAACCCCAAAUCCCCACGCGCCAGCCUGUCCUUGUCUCCCUACCCCUGAUCUCCACAGCCUGCCUGUGUGUCGCCCAUCCCUAUGACUCACUGUGGCCUUUUGCAAAGGUAGCGUCUCCUCGUGCACUUUCUUGGGACAACCACGGCCCCUAAUCUGCAGCGACCUGAAGGGCAGUGGGAGCUGAGGAGCACGCACCGGAUGGGUGGCGUUUGGGAGAGCAAAGUUGCCCAGAAGUAUGCGGCUGGCGAGCAAUCCUGCACACGCUUCAACAACUAGGCCGCCGCCACCGCGUGGCCCCUUCCGCAGGUGUACCUGCCAAGCCCGCUCACCAGCAAGGUCCUGGGUCUCUGUCCGCCAAGCCCGCUCACCACAAGGUCCCGAGUCUCCCGCAUGGCUCCUGCUCACCUUCCUCGGGCAAGCCACACGCCCCUCCAAGCAAGUUUCAGACCGGCUGGGCGAGAGGGAGAGAGGGAGGGACCUGGAGAGACAGGAAGAGGCAGCUCUUCCUCUGGGAGGAAGGGGAGGGGGGUGCACGAGGGAAGGUGAACCAAACCUGCAGCUGAGGCCAGCGAGCUUCCCUCCAGGUGUCUGCCCACCAGCAAUUCCAGGCAUUUUACUCUCACAACCCUGGGUGGGCCGGAUUCAGGACCCUGGCGGGCCGGAUGUGGCCCGUGGGCUGUAGUUUGAGGACCCCUGCUCCAAAGCAUGGCUUAGUAAGAAUGUGCUGGUGGUUGUGCUACUUACUGUGCAGGGCGAAGCCAUGGUUUGGUGAUGUAUGAACCAGGCCAAUGCACAGUGCCCAUUACAAAAUAACAACAACAACAACAACAUUUUUAUUGAUUACAUAUAUCACAUACAUGCAUCCAAGAGAAGAGUCAGCAAAAUAGAAACAAAAUUGAACCAAAUCAAAACAAGAAGUGAUUGAAAGGAAGGCAAAGUGCAAAACAAAGACCUUUGUUUUAUGGCCAUAAUCCUACAAUUUAGUUUUCCUCAAUUUAUAAUUGCAUUUACAAAAACUUUAAUAACUGUUUUCUUCCAACCUUAAAAGAUGGCAAAACCAUAACAAUUGAUAGUAGAGAGAUUGUUCCAUAUACGCUAUCUAUUUGUUUAACGUCUUCCAAAGGUUUGCAGCACUUACUUGGUUUACCUCACUUGGUAUUAAAUUAAACUCAUUUUCUGUGAAAGUCGAGAAAUGUUUUAGGGGUUUUAAAGUAAAGUUCUGAAUAAAGUAGUGGAAAAUAUUUGUUAAAGUAACAAAAUACUUUGCUCUGUUCACAUUUCAACAGGUUAAUAAACUGAAGAGAGAAGUUGCCCACAUGAGACAGGAACUACAGUAUAAGGAAAUUGGUUUCCAAACGUUGAAGAAGUAAGUUAAUUAUCUUCACCUGCUACCAUUUUUAAUAUCUAGUUAUAUCUAGUUGGGUAAUGUAGUGAUCUGACUUCGUCUGAACCUGGGCUUGUGAUUUUUGCUCUCUCCAGACUCCCCAUGAGCUUGUAACCAAGAUUUGUCCUAUAGUUUGCCGUUCAUCGUUUAAUUUGAUACUUCCCCUUUUCUUCCUUUAUGAAAACAGACGUAAGUUAACUUCCCCAGGGAAGUUCCCCUGGAGCCUUCAUUACACACCUUUAGGCUCCAGGCAAAAAUGUUCCUUUUUAACUAGGCCUUUGGUUGAUCUUAUUGACAUCCAACACCCUUUUAGAAUGUGGCUUUUGUUGGGGGGGGUGUUAUUGGGUUAUUGCUUUUGGUUUGAUUUUACAUGUUGUGGUCUUGUUGUGAACCACCCUGAGACAGACCUCCAGGUAUAGGGCUGUGUAUAAGUUGAAAGUUGAAUAAAUAAUUAAUAAACAUUAACUUACUAUUCAGCCAAAAGGCUUCCAGAGUGGUUUACAAAUAUCAGUAAUAACACAGCCACUGCCGUUUCUGAAAUCUUAAAUUUUUUCAUUAAGUUGGAGACAGAUAAUAAAUCCCAUUGGUGUGGAUUUUGAGCAGGGUACAGCACUCUUUUGACCCCCACCCCCUGAAACAAGAUUCAUAAAGCAAAGUCCCUUGACUUUAGAGCUAACUAGUCUUGUUUUUCCUGUUAAUAACUGUUUCUCUUCUAUUUUUUACAUCAUCUUGAAGAAUUGAUAUGAAAAUGGCUGAUACCCAAGGUGGAUAUAAACUUGAUGAGGCACAAGCAAUCUUAAGUGAAAUGAAAGCUAUUAAGAAGGCCAUCACUUCAGGAGAGAAAGAAAAACAAGAUCUCAUUAUGGUAUGAAAUUGACUGGGUGAACUCCUCUGCUAGGCAGAUCUCAAACUACCAUUACAGCAAUUCUGUUUCCAUAACUACAAAAACAGAAAUGCUUGUAUGGAACUGACACAUCAACUUAUAUUAUCAGUACAAGAUCAUUGUUUAAAAAUCCAGGCAAUCUCUUUACACUAGACUUUCUGUCUCUCCUACCCCCACCUCUGUAACUAUGAUUUAAUGCAUGGGUAGGCAAACUAAGGCCCGGGGGCCAGAUCCGGCCCAAUUGCCUUCUAAAUCCGGCCCGUGGACGGUCCAGGAAUCAGCGUAUUUUUACAUGAAUAGAAUGUGUGCUUUUAUUUAAAAUGUGUCUCUGGUUUAUUUGUGAGGCAUAGGAAUUCGUUCAUUAUUAUUAUUUUUUGAAAAUAGAGUUCAGCCCCCCACAAGGUCUGAGGGACAGUGGACUGGCCCCCUGCUGAAAAAGUUUGCUGACCCCUGAUUUAAUGUGAUGUGUAACUGGGCCUAUGCCUUUUCACAUUAUCCUGAUUUACACAUAAUCCUAAUCAUUGUUUAUUAAUAUAUGAUUUAUUAAACAUUGAGUUAGCAUUACAUGUGAACCCAGUUCAAUAGCUUACUUGUGCUUUAUUAACUAUAUUCAAAAUGUUGCUGAUUCAACAAGAUUUGUAGUUAGUCUAUAAACCUUAGAGAACCUUAACUAUUGCUUUGUGUUGUGUGUGAAUCCAAACCUCCUCCUUAACCAUGGUUAAGGUGCCAUCAUCACCCAAAAGCUAAAGAACCAUGAGUGAAGAGCGCCAAAAAUUUCAAACUGUUGUCAAGGCUCAGCAACUUUUGCUGGUGCUUUUAGCUAUUCUGUGACAUAAUAAACCAGGUGGUCUUCUGCCAGACACUUCAGUUCAUUAAUAGUUAAUGUUAACCAUGGUUUAGAGAGAGUUAUUGGUGAACCAGACCAUCAGUUGAUAAGGGACUGAUAUCCCCCUCACAAUGUCAAUUCAGUCUUAAAUUUCUCCUUCAAAGCACCAGGGCAGCAGUGAGGCAAUAAUAAGAUGACUUUGAUUUUUUUCUUGUUCCAGAACCUUGCCAGGUUGACAGCUAAUUUUGUGACAGACAGAGGAUCACAUUCAGACUUGUGGGCCAGCAAUAUAUCCUUGGAAGACUCCAGUUUCCCAUUGUCUAAGCAGUAUCUUGAUGCUGGUUCCCAAACUGAUGUUUCUGGAAAUGUAUGUAAAAUCUAAAAUACUGUGUGAGCUUCUCUUAGUCUUGUAUCCCAUCUUAGCUAUUAAAUAAUGUUUUGUGGGGAUCUAGUGUUUGAACCACUGCUUUGUAAAAUUUUAUGGAAAAGAUUUAUAGCAUAUGUGUUAUUUCUUAAUCUUUGGAUGCAUAUGUUGAGCUUUGGCUCUGACUCAUGUCAACAUGCUUAAUCUACAAAGGGGGAAAUGUGUCAACACCCUUUAACUUUAUUAUUUGCUUCUUUAGUUUAUUGUGAACACGAAUAAUCAACUGGCUGAGAAGGUGAGACUGCGCCUCCAAUAUGAAGAUGCUAAGCGAAAGUAAGUGGACCUUCCCCUACUACUAUUGACAAUAAGCACUUAAAUCAAUAGUGCAGACAAACAGCUGUUUUUUAAGAGGACAAGUAUGUUUUAAAAGUACACAUUUAGAACAUAACAUGAGGAUGAAUUUGUUUCUUUACGGACAGACUUCUGUCAAAUAUUUCUCGGAGGACUUUUCCUUUUCAUGUGGAACUAAUGUGCUUUUGGAUCAGAAUAAGUGAUGAUCCUAUAAACUUUUAUUACAGUUGUUUAAAACUUUUUAUAUAGUGUUUGGUUGUCAAAGACUGAUUACUAGUUUUAACUCUCAUUUUGGCAGCUUACUGUGAAGGUACAAACCAUUGCCACUGUUGAUUUUAUUCUACAGUUAGGGAACAUCUUGCAGCCAAAUUUGAGAUAUUGCUAGAACCUAAAAACAGUUCUAGAUUUCAUAAAAUGCCCGUUCUGUUCCCACUAUGAGAAUCGAGCAAACAAGACCUGUAGUACAGUAAUAAGCUAAAGACUAAAUAAGUCAGUAGGUGUUGUAAGCAACCCAUGGUCAAUUUUUCUGAAGCUCCCUCAGACUUACACGAGUGUGCAAUCACUUCCUGGUUCGUUUUCUUCUCCCCAGUUGCUAUGCAUAGCAUCUGAGAACAGAGCCCUUUUCUUCCCUCUUUCCUUUGUCUAGAGCAGGCGUUGUCAGCCUGGUCCCUACCACCCACUAGUGGGCGUUUCAGGAUUCUAGGUGGGCAGUAGGGGGUUCUACGGCACAAGCUGAAUCCUCCUUCCACUGAGCACUGGUGGGCGGUAAGGAAAUUUUACCAUCAAGAAAGAUGCAUUAGUGGGUGGUAGGUAUAAAAAGGUUGACUACCCUGGUCUAGAGAAAGACUCAGAGCCUGUUGAAGGAUUGUGUCUCUUUGGAAGAAAGAUAAUGUAAAUGGGGGAAUAGUCUGAAUUAAUGUGCCCAAGUUGUUCCUUUAAAUUCUUUGGUGACUUUUGUCCUAUUCAGGGGAUAGCAAAACAUGAAUAAUAAGGUAUUGGAUUCCUGUUAUUAGAUAGUCUCUGUUGCCAGAAUAGUCAACUAUUUUGGUUCAGUACCAAAGGUAUGCCCAUGGGUAUGUCCUGAAGUCACAGGAGGCCCCCACUUGCUGAAGCUAAGCAUGUCUGGGUUCGGUCAGUGCUUGGGUAAGUCAUCACUCAGAAACCACACAGGUCACCUUGGGUUCAAUGAUAGAAGAAAGGCAGGGCAUGCAUCUAUAUAUGAAAAUAAAUAAAUAAUAACACAGUGAGGUUGUUCUGCCCGUCAUAAUGACCAUACAUAUAAAAAUGGCAUUUAAAACUUUCAUUUAUUCUUUAGAGAAAUAUUUAUAUACCACUUUUUGAUCCCCCAAAGUUGUCCCCAAGGGUCUCAAAGUUGGCUUGCGUUAUUAAAAUUAAACAAAGGUAUAGAACCACAGAGCAUUAAAAAAAACUCAAGCCAACAGGACAUGCUUAACACUAUUUUAAAAUAACGGACUUUGUGAGGGCAUUUUCUUAGUUUUGUUUCCACAAAAAACGUACUCCUGCUUCAGAUACCAUGUUCCUCUUCAAUUAAAUCCCAGUGACUUUUAAAAUAAAUUUCUUAUUCAUUACUAGAGUAUGAAUUCAGGUUAAGACUCCUGAGAUGUGCAUCCAUUUUUAAAUUUAUUUAUUUAUUUAUUUAUGGAAUGUCAUGUUACAUCUGUAGUGGAUUCAGAUAAGGCUUGGUCCCACUGAAAUGUUUGGUUAAGCUAAAGCACUGUUUGCUUUCCUUUUCUGAUGAUGUCAGAUUCCCAUAUUUCAUUAAUUAGAGUAAAAAUGGUUGAGAACCAAUAUUGUUCAGCUGCAAGUCACUGGCCUAAAUCUAGGAAAUCAGACUCUGCCUAUCGCUAUCUCUGAGCUUCAAUUCCCAAUCCUUUAAACUGUAGUAACAAUGUAAUAAGAAUAAGAAUGAAAAUAGCAAGGAUUGGCAUAAUGCAAAUGAUAAAUAACCUUGCAUAUGAAUGUGUGCAAUGCGAUUUUUAUUUAAGCAAACUUAAGUAAAAGACUGAACUGUCUUUUCCUUCAUUUGUUAUGAGCAAUAGGAACAAAAAUUGAUUUGGUGCCUGACAUCCUACAAUCCCCAUUGACAAAAUUUCCUGGUAAUGCUGAUAUGAGUGUUACAAGGUAUUAAUGAUUAAGCUAAAAUUCCCUAUCAGUGAAUGCUGAACAGGUGGAAUCAUGGCUUUCUUUCAAGUGAAAAUUGCAAAGUGAAAAUUAGAGGGAGAGAAUGAUGCCAGAUUUAUAAAGAUGGCUUGUUUACUUUCAUAAGCACUACUAUGUAGGAUGCAUAGAAUGCUGUUUUAUUUUUGAAGGUGGAAAGUAUUCCACCUUAAGAACAAAUCUGACCUCUUACCAUAUCCAUGCUGAUAGUUGACAGAAGUUAUCAAAUUACAGUUGAGCAAUCCUCUUAGAACACACUCUUUAUAAAUUCACAGUGGAAUUCACAGAUUAGGAACUAAUGCCAAUGCUAAUUCAUCAGUGGAGCACAAUGUUGGGCUUAACCAGGCAGCUGAACAUUAAAAUGGCUGCAAAGAAGGCUUCAGUGCAGCUUGAAUGGAUUUCUAUUAAUUAUAGAAUUUAAAUUAAUUAAGCAGCAACUUCCCUGCUAUGGGAACAAGCUCAAUCACGUCUUCUUUAAAAAAAUAAGUGUCCUGAUAUAAUGGGUUCUGUGCUUUGACACGCCAUCUUAUGUCACUAGAUUAGGACACAAUUUAUAUACGAUUGGUGAGAUCUGAUAAAUUGUGGUGUUCAGUACUGCUCUAGUUGAAUAUGCAAGAGAGCCCAACAGGAAGUUUUUUCUGAGAUUGCUAGAACAUAUGUGCCAUAUGCAAACUUAAUUGUUUUCCUUCGUCCUAUAGAAUAGCAAAUUUGAAAAUACAGUUGGCUAAAUUGGAUAGUGAGGCCUGGCCUGGUGUGCUGGAUUCUGAACGAGACCGAUUAAUGUUAAUCAAUGAGAAGGAGGAACUUCUAAAGGAAAUGAGGUUCAUUAGCCCUAGGAAGUGGACUCAGGGUGAAGUGGAAAGACUGGAGAUGGAAAGAAAACGUCUAGAAGAAGAUCUUCAGACUGCAAGAGAUACGCAAAGCAAAGCUUUAACAGAAAGGUACAUUUAACAUAUUUACUUUGUUUAAAUAGUAAAAAUUGAUUAUUUUAUUCUGUUCUUGUGGACUAGAAAACUCAUUACAGACACUUGCAUCUAAUAAAACUGUUACAGGUGCUUGCAUCUGACUAUAAUUAAUUGCAUUUGUUACAAUCUUUUGUUUUGUUUGCUUUAUCUAUACCUAUAAUAAAAAUGUAAGAAUGUCAUCGCACUUCAAUUCACUUAGUCACAGGCAGGUGAUGUUGCAAACUACAGUGUGUUAACAGCCCUGGGUUUGCUGCUGGACCAUUGAAGCAGCUUCAGAGGGCAGUUGCAGAUGAUGCAGGCAAUCUUCAGAGGAUGAGUCAUGAAAGGCUGGGGCAACUCCUCAACAGUCGUCCUGCUCUGCUGCUGCUGUUGCCACUGACCAGCUUGCUGAAGACACCCUUUAAGCCUUCUUCCAUGAGUGGGACUGUUGCUGAGAAGGUGUCCUGGCCUCUCAUGACUCUUCCUCCACGACUUGCCUAGACUCUUCACUGCCGCCUUGCGACUCCUCACAGGAGAAGGUCUAACGAGAAUGGAGGCUUCCUCUGUGACUUACCUGCAUCAGUUAACUGCCACUUUUGGUCUCCUUUCUGUGGCAUUUUUCUUGUUGGGUUGACUAUUCAUCUCACUUGGUUGUGAGCUAGAGGUUCCUCACCCCUGGCCUAUGCAAACCUUCAGGCAGGACCUGAGUGCAGGACUUGAGUGCUGGUUCCCAACAACUGGUAUUCAAAGGCCUCUUGCAGUGGAAGUACUACCAUAAUGGCUAGUAUCCAGUGAUAGCUUUCUCUUCCAUGAGUUUGUCUUAACCUCCUUUUUAAAGUUGCCUAAGUUGGUGGCCAAUACAGUAUCAUUUGACAGCAAAUUCCGCAGUUUAAUUAUGUGUGGUGUGAAUAAGUUCUAUUUGUCUGUUCCAGGUUUUCUUGUAUUUGACUUCGUCGUAUGAUCCCAAGUUCUAAUAUUACAAGAGAGUGAGAAUACUAAAACCUGGGGUUUACCAGCCAAAAUCUUGGUUCUGGUCUCUAGUCACUUAAGAUAUCUGUUGACAUAAGUGACAUUCUUCCUGACAUUUGUUUCAACCUUGGAAUGAACAGGCAUGAGAUGGCAAAAAGUGUCAUCUCAUGGUGUGAAUCUCUAUAAAGUUGAUGUGUUCAGCUGCUGCAUUCAACAUCAGUAUCCCCAACAAACACGGAAAUUGAUAUGGAAAUGGGGCUUUCUUGUGCUGUCUUUCUUGGAUAUUUAGGCAGAAGCAAGGCUCACAUCUCCAAAGAAACAUUAGAAUUGUAGCUAUAUUUAAACUCAAAUGUUUCUUUUAAAUGUUAUCCCCAUAGGAACUAAAGUUUUGGGAGGGAUGCAGUUUGACAACAAGACUAUCAAGCACGUAAAAACUGCCGCUUUUCACAUUCUGUCUCCUGUAAUUCAUUUGGUUAGUAAAAGAAUUAUAUUUGGUGACUGGAUCUUGUGAGACUGCAUCACCAUUUCAGCUGUAGUUUAAGCCCCAUGGGAAGGUGCAGUAGUAACAGGGUGAAAAGCCUCUCUGUAAUUGCCAUUCUUUAGACUUGGUGUGUGGGUGGAUAGUACUUUGAGUCUGCAGUGAUGUUUCUGACAGUCAGGCUUUUCUCGCUAAAAAUGACUUGAACAUGCUGUCCUUUAUCUUAUUUUAUUUUUUGUGCAUGAUUUUAUAGGCUUCUUUUUGUGCAUAACUAACAGCCAUCCCACACAAAUGAACUAAAAAUGUGUUUGUGGGGUUUAAAACCUCCUGACAUCUGAAAAAUUCCAGAAUCCUAAGUGCAUGUGAUAUUUAUUCAUCUCCUGCUGCCCUCCAGCUAUUCGAAUGCUGUCUAGAUGAGAAAGAGGGACAUACACAACUCUUUUUCUAAAAAUACCACUUGAUGCUUAUUGAGGUGGUGCUGCUUAGUUACAGACGGCCAUUUUCUCAAACAUUCUGCUACAUGCAUCUUCCACUGGGACUAUUUAAUACAUUUGGGUGAGGUGUGUACUGUGCUCCAUGUUUUACUCCCCUUAAUUUUUAAAAAAUCAUUAAUAUUUUUCCUAUUAUUCUUCCUUCCAAUGUACCUAUUCUUAUAGGGCAGCUGCUGAAUUGAUUGAUGGCUGAAGGUUGGGGAACUUUGUUCCCACUCAGGCUGCUUUAAUAGAUAGCGUUCAAAAAGAACAUGAGCAAUCUCUGAUUGAAUCUAUCCUGAAUAGUUCUACAGAUCUCAGGGCCUUUUUAAAAGUCAAACUUUUUAAAAAAUAAUUUCCAACAACUGUUCUUACAUUAGUAGAAUGUUGUGUGGGUGGUACAGCAUCACAGUUACCUCCCAAAAUUGAAGAGACCACUAAAGGCAUUGAGUGGAUUCUGAAUUAUCUUCUAGGGACCAACAAACUCCUAUAGCAUGUUCAUCCUGCUUAAUGGCUUUAUUUACAAUUAAGCAGUAUCCAGAAAUUAAGGUUUUCUAGCAAGCUUCAUGCUUCCUUUCACGGGAGGGGAAGGCUGUUCCAAGGUAUUUGUGUGGUGAUAGACUCUCCUGGUUCCGCAUCAACAAUAGAAACUCUCAUAGAAGCAAUAGGGUAGUUUCUUCUAGAUACUAUAGAGCUACACUGUACGACCAGUCUCUGCUGCAACUCUUUAGUGGGAUUUAUUCCUAUCCCAACAGUGCCUUGCAGUAGCCCCUUGUUGUGGAGGGAACUGUGAGGGCGAAGAAGGCUAGAGUCCUAAAAAACCAUGUGGUGCCUCCAGCCUUACAGUCCCCAUGUUUCUUGAAAAGAGGUAGGAGAAAGAACCAACUAAUGGGCAGCUGGAUACAGUAGAAUAUAAAGUAGAAUGUGUUUAAAAUAGGUGGAUGGGAAAGGGAAGGAACUCAGAUAGGUGUAAAAUUUUAGUCAGUGUGUAAGAAACAUGUUAAGCUCCUGCUUUCUGUUCUCGGUCUUCUCUCAGUGGGGAAGGGUCAUGGCUCAUUGAUGUACACCUAUGCUUUGCAUGCAAGAGGUCCAGGGUUAAUCCUGAGCCAUCUGCACGUAGGGCAGUGAAUGUCCCCUGACUGAAACCUUGGAUGGCUGCUGCCAGUCAGUGCAGACAGUGUUGGAAUUCCUGCUCCAUGAUUGCAGUCAUGGGAUUUUUGUCUAGCACAUGAUGGUGUAUGUUUUGACUCCACAGAGUGGGAAGUGACGGAGACAGGAUGUUUGUGUUGCUGUGUUCCAUGAAGUGGGACUAUUGUCCUUUGUUUUUUCUCUUUGCUGUCUGAUGCUAGAGAGAGAGUGAGUCAUGUUGCAGUGCUCUGUGUGUGUUUAUAUGUAAAUAAAGUAGAUUAGCCAAAAUGCUGAGUUGCUGAGGUCUGUUACACAAGCUGCGAAGACUCCACAGACCCCUAAGUGUGCCGAUGUCUGUUGGCAUCGGUCGCUGUGAUGUUCGGGCAGAAGAAAGCUUUUGAAGCUCCGGAACGAUCGACCAGGAGGGAGGGAACAUGCCAGUCGGGCAUGUGUCUCUGCCAGGGUCCUACUUGAGAGUAGGGCGAGCUCCUGACAACCAGUACUGUACUGAGCUAGCUGGACCAAUGUCUGACUCAAUAUAAAGUGUUCCAGUGUUCCAGGUUGCUUCUCCCUUCAUCUCGAUAAUAUCCUGAGUCUAUCACUUCUUUGUUCUCUCUUCAGUCUUUCCACUCUUGUAAGAAUUUGUUCCACCUCUGACUUAAUCUCCUCAACCCACACCAUUAUGGCAGCUCCUAACAGCCAAAAAAGGGAUGUUCUAGACAAACAGUGGUGGGGUAUAUUAUAAAGAGUUUCAGAUGCACUUGUGGUCCUGCGCUGCUAGUAGUUUGGCUGUUUUCCCAUGUGAACUACCGGUAAAUGUAUGCCCCUUGAAUCCUCUAAAAGUUGUGGGGUGUUCUGAGGAACAGUCUUGUCAUUGUGAAACAAGUGCUUGUCAUUGUGGGGUGCUUCCCAUUGUGAAACAAGACCUCAAGUCUGGUUCUUUUAAUGUUUUUAGCAUGAACAGGUCCUUGUAAGAACUGAGUGUGCAACAGCAAGGUUCUACAUUUUUACACUCACUUAAUGCUGGAGCAUUCUCUGCUCCCCACCCUCGCCUCUGGCAAGCCCAAAUCUCAAGGUGACCCUUGUUCUCCUUUCUGUCAUAUAAUAGAGAUAAAUACAACGUGGCUUUAGUGUACCUUAGAUGUGACAGGUUUUAACGUUCAUUCACAAAAAACUUAUUUUUUCUUAGAUUUUUGAAAUUAUCUCACCUAUUCUCUCAUCUCCAAGAAAUAUUAUUAAGUGUUCUCUUUAAAACAACUCUUGUAUUCAGCCUGUUCACAUAAGGAAGUGAGAGACAAUCCUCCUGAAACACCUUACAUAUUUUUGGGUCCCUGCCAGGAAACACUAAUCUUGCUUAUGUAACAGAUCUUUUUUUUCCUUCCUGAAUAGUUUGCAUACCUUUUGCAAAGACGAAUAAUGUAGAGAAGGUCAGGUGCCUUCUGUACGCAAAACUAACAUGGCUGGUGAUACUUUUUAUUUUUCCAAACUGCCUUAAAGUUCUCUACAACCAACAAAUCUUAAACUGCACCUGAAAGUGUGAAGCCAGAAGUGCAAGAUGCGUCCGAAGUGCAAGAUGCUGAAGAAUUGUGAAUUUCAGAAAUUAAAAAUAGUAAUAAAGGAAUAGUUAUAUAGAUAGGAAGUUUCUUUGGGUGACAAACAUUAUUCCUAUUCUGAUCUAUUUGACGUAACAUUUAUUGAGUUACACUAUAAUUGCUUUUAAAAUGUUAUGUAGCAAGAAGCUUUUGAUGUGAAGUUGAAUGUGAAUAUUAAGAACAAAAUGCUGCUUUAACAAAAUGCUGCUAUAGACAGGGCUUUGGAGAUGACACCCUGCCCAUCUUCAGGGCAUUGCAUUUGGAAGGGCUUACUAUGGCCCCUUAAUAGGAUAAUGCUUUGAGUUGCAUUUUAAGAUGGUUUUUUCCUGUUUGCAGAUUGAAAUUAAAUAGUAAAAGAAACCAGUUGGUCCGAGAACUAGAGGAAACAACGCGAUUAAUGGCAAUGUUGCACAUCCAGCUGAAAAAGUAAGUUUUCCACAGCCUUUUUACACAUACUUCACAUGAGUAUUGGCUGUAUACUCCUACAAUUCUGUCUUAUGGGAAACAUAUUUCCAAAACGGACUUGCUGCCAAUCAUAAAACAACACCACUUCUUUGUGCCAUCUGCUGCUGUGUUAACUUUGGGAUUGAAAUAGUGUUGCAAAAUGGUGUUUUCAAACAUUGUUCUUUGCUUGAAAUACAAGUAAUAACAUAAAGAAGAGUCCUAAUGAAUUGGUUAUAGUGAUUCACCUAGCUCAGUGUCCUAUUCCCAUCAAUGGCCCACUGCUGGGCUUGCGAAUCUCACAAGCAGGGCAUGAAUGAAACAGACCUCUUAUUUUUUUAAACCCUUAGCAACUGGUAUUCAGCGGCAUAUAGACUUUUAACAUAGGCGUUCCAUUUACCCAUCAUUACUAAUAGUCAUUGAUAGUUCCGUUAAUCUGUCUGACCCUCUUUAAAGCUAUUGAAAGUAGUGAUCACUAUACCCUGAACUGUCAGUUCCAUAGAUUAUUUGUGUAUUGUGUGGAAAAAUCCUUUAUCUGUUUGAUCUUCCUUAAGUGACCUUGCACUGCAGUAUUAGGAAAAGGAGAAAAAGCAUCAACCGGUUUCCCCAUUGUCUUGAACCCACCCAAAAUUAUAAAGCCCUGAACAUUAGCAUGAGCAGAUGCUUUUUGCUUUGGUGCAGAAAAGCUGCAUUUGGUUUGCAAUAUAUGUCUCAACCCCAUGACAACCCAGUAACUACUAUAAGGAGAUGCAACUGGAGAUGCAAGGAGCUGAUGUGUGGCUGUGGGGCACAAUACAUCUACAUGUCUCCUCCUGUAGAAUUUAGAUACCAACACAAUAUCUUAUCUUAUUGCAUGCACCUAGCAGGUACUGUUAUACAAAAUGCAUCUGUAUUUAUUUCAUUUACUUCAAAUAUUUCUGUCUUGCUUUUUGAUUGCAUUUAGGCUGGGUUUUUUUAAAUAGGAAGCGGUUGAUAAUUGCUUUUAAAUAUUUUUUUCCUUGUCUUAAAUAUUAUUCAAACAAAAUGAAGCAUCAAAACACACACACACACACACACACAGACACACAGUUUGGGAUAUCAUAUAUAUUCAUUGGAACAAGAUGGGUUUUUGCAUGACAAUGGAAGGUCAUCAAGAAGUGGGAAUCUGAUGGAUUUCCCGGUACACAAAGUUCCGGAGUCUGUUUAAUUAAGACUUAAGAGUUUGUUGUCUCUUCACUCAAUUUAUGCCCUGCUCAAGGUAAUGUCUCUCCUUAUCCUGCACAACAACCCCAUUAGUGGCUUAGACUUACAAACUGUGGCUGGGUGGGAAUUUGAACCUAGGUCUCCCUGUUACUAGUUAGGACACUCCAGCUGCUAUACCACACUCUUCGUUGCACCGUUCAUCUCAGAUAUAUUGCUCUCUCUUUUUUUGCAGCCUAUCGUCUAGCAUGCUUUCCCUGUCUUCUGGCAGCAGUCCCGGCUCUCUUGCAUCCAGUAGGGGAUCUCUGGUCACCUCAAGCCAGGAUUCUUCAACCUCAGCCAGCUUUACUGAUCUGUACAAUGAACAGUUUGAGCAGCUGGACUCUGACUACCAGAGCAAAAUGGACAUGUUGCUUCUGGAGAAAGCCACUGGUUUUCGGCCUUCAGGCUGCAUCACUACUAUCCAUGAGAAUGAGGUGGUGAAAACUCAGAAAACUGACGUUGCUAACCGUUUUCAGGCCCUGAGAUCCUUAUCUGGGACACCAAAAUCAUUGACUUCUUUGUCUCCAAGGUCAUCUCUCUCUUCUCCCUCUCCACCUUGUUCACCACUAGUGAUGGACCCAUUCUUCACAGGUGAUACCUUCACGGGUCAAAUGGAUUUUGAAGAUACUGAAAUAAACAGUGGUCUUUCUGAACUUAGUCUAAACACUGCAAGUGGCAGGAAGUACAGAGUGGAAGAAUCUAAGACUGGUGUCAAGCAUCUAGACCAAGGUAGAGUGACUGUUGCCCACCUCCUCACAUUCAGCCAAAUUAUUUCCCCCCUUUAAAAACUGAUUUUAUUUAACAAUACUUUUAAAAUAAAACAACCUAUAAAGCAAGGAACAACUGUAAAAAUAAAAAAAAGUUUUUAGAUAUACUAACCAUCAUAGGUGGAGACAUUAGUGGAGGUGAAAUUUUGUUAUUAAUGUGUGUCCAGAAAGAAGAUACAUUUAAUGUAUUUGGUAUCCAUAAGCAAGUGUCUAUUCAUUCAGCAGAUCUCUCUCCCUCCCCCUCCCCCGCUCACACACAAAUAGCUCUGUGACUGAAAUUACAAUAUGUUCUUGAAAGUGGGGGAGGAGUUGGUCAAACAUAAAAGCAACACCCUAGAUGCAAACAGGCUGCUUCUGGCACAACUGUUUCUAAUUGAAAGAGAAACAGUUGACACUGCAGCUUAGUUAUUUAUUUCUUUUAUGGAAAUGUUUUAUAUACUGCUUUCCAUUUAGCACAACAAAAUGGUACACAGUUUAUGAGUGCAAAGGAUUCUAAAAUCUUAAUCAAGCAGCAUCAUCAAAUCUGUAUGUAGACUCCAUACUCUAGGUGGAUUCAGACAACCAUCCUGUUGUCAGUGACUCUUUUUAAAGUAGUGUGGCAUUAGGAUUGCUGCUUGUAUAACAACAACAACAACUAUUAUUAUUGUUAUUGUUAUUGUUAUUGUUAUUGUUAUACCCCACCCAUCUGGCUGGGUUUCUCCAGCCACUCUGGGUGGCUCACAGCACAUAUCAGAACAUACUAAAAUAUCAAACAUUAAAAACUUCUUGAUACAGGGCUGCCUUCAGAUGUCUUCUAAAAGUCAGAUAGUUGUUUAUUUCCUUGACAUCUGAAGGUGUUUCACAGGGAGGGUGCCACAGCCAAGAAGGCCCUCUGCCUGGUUCCCUGUAACCUUGCUUCUCGCAGUGAAGGAACCAGCAGAAGUCCCUCUGAAGAGGACCUCAGUGUCUGGACUGAAUGAUGGGGGUGAAGACGCUCCUUCAGGUAUACUGGGCCGAGGCCGUUUAGGGCUUUAAAGGUCAGCACCAACACAUUGAAUUGUGCUCAGAAACUCACUGGGAGCCAAUGAAGAUCCUUUAGGACCAGUGGCCACUCCCAGUCACCAGUCUAGCUGCCGCAUUCUGGAUUAGUUGUAGUUUCUGGGUCACCUUCAAAGGUAGCCCCAUGUAGUCCAAGCAGGAGAUAACCAGAGCAUGCACCACUCUGGCAAGUCAGUCUGCUGGCAGGUAGGGUCUUAGCCGGCAUACCAGGUAGAGUUGAUAGACAGCUGCCCUGGACAUAAGAAUCGACCUGAGCCUCCAUGGACAGCUUUGAGUCCAAAAUGACUCACAAAAUGGUGUCAAAUAGUCCACAACAAGAUGGCCACAGAGCUUUUAUUUUGUGAGCUUGCUGAAGGACUGGUAUGUUGGAACUCUUUAGGUAUUGCACAGUCCACCUACCCUGUAGACUUACUUGCUAAUCUGUAAAAGAGCACCAAGUAGAAUUUCAGUUAGUAUCUCUAAGGUUUUGUUGUGUUAAGUAAGCAUCAUAUUAAUGGGUCACAUAACCCUGAUCAAGGAAAGAUACUGGAAUGGUGUUUGCCUUUAACAUCGUGCCCUGAGCUUUUCCCUUCUCUUUUGAGCAAUGGCCACGUUUGUAGUAUGAAAUGGUUAUUAUUCCCAUUAGAUCUUGCUAGUAAUUAGUCUUAACCUUUCUUGGCUCCUUGAGAAUGGCUGCGGCUGUUAAAGUGAAAGCUAUAAGGCGCUAAGCAGAUUAAGUGAUUUGGGGUUGUUAUUCAGUCAGCAGACAUAAUAAUCACCACAGGUAGUUUAUUUCAGGGCAGUAAUGAGGAAAGCAUCCACUCCCUGGGUUCUGCUCACACAGCUUAGAGUAGCGCAAAAGCUGCAUGAUUGAGUUACAGCCUGGCCUCCUGGGAUCAUGUGUCCUCACAUGUUCUUGUAAGUAGAACUAAAUAGCAUAUUCCCCAAAUCUCCAGCACCCCUUCUUUAGUGAAAUCGUAUUUUCCCCCAAAGCUUUUUCUGGUCCCCAAUUUCAGUAUCUUUUAUCUAGUUUAAUUAACUUGAACAAUGGAGUUUGCCUUUGCUUAUGUGUAGUUAAAAACUAUCAUCCAGAUUUUUAAAAAUAAUAAUGAAGUAGGGCUUUAAAGGGGGGGGGAGGAGAUAGAAUGAACCUGUAUCGGGAAAAUAUUUAAUUAGAAUAAUUUCUGUCACACUUACUGGAUUUUCUUGAGAAGCCACAAAGGUUGCAUUCUUAAAAGACUGCAAAUCUGUAGGUCCCAUGUAGAGAAGUAUUACCAGUAGUGAGCAGCUUAAGGUAAGAGGCAUGAAGGUGAGUUGCAGAACAUGCCACUGUCUUAGGAUAGUAGAACAACUGAGGCCAAGAAUUAAUUUGCGGUGGGCUCACAUACUGUCUUGACAAUCAAUGUACAGAACUUCUGUAAUUGGCAGGCUGCAUUUGACUUGCUGGGUCUUAUGCUGUGUUGGCCUUGUCUUAUUUACCUGAUCAUGACUUUGUCUGUUCUGCAGAACAUCUGCACAACUGACAUCUAUUUUUUAAAAACAUUCUUGAUCUUAGCAUAUGAAAGUGGUGUAUACUGAGUCAGCCCAUUGGUUCCUCUAGCUCAGUACCAUCUAUCUGCAUCACUUCUCCAAGACUUUAUGUCAGAGUAGUCAACACGCUGCCCUUCAGAUGCUGGUAGACUCAUACCUGCCAUCAGUACCUGCUACUCUGGCCAGUGGUCAGGGAAGAUUGGAAUUUUAAUCCAACAUCUGGUGGGCUCCACAUUGGCUACCCCUGCCUUAGGCAAAGUUUUUUUGUUUGUUUUUUAAUUCCCAAUAUAACAGACUUGGUUGCAAACAUUUUAAAAGUUCUGUCUAUUGUCUAAAUAAAGGGUUCUUUUUAAGGGGAUAACAACAUACAAAUUAAGGAUUAGUCUUUCACUUGCUGAUGCAUCCAACUCAUGAUAAAAAUGAUCAAAACUGCUUUUCCUUUCCUCCGUCUGUUUUUGUAGGUGUAAGUAUGGUUGAAGGAGCUGCGCUGAAGACAGCCUGUGUAUCAGCUGCAGUGUCAGAUGAGUCUGUGGCUGGAGACAGUGGAGUGUACGAAGCAUCUGUGCAAAGGUACUCUUAUGUUUUACAUGGUAUACAUCCUAACCAAAUCAGACAGUGUGACAAGGGAGCUUCCAGGAUUAACCGUAUUUUUCCAUCUAUAAGACACCCCCAUGUAUAAGACCUCCCCCUAUUUUUGCGGACUCAAUUUUAAGAAAAUGAGGGGAGAUGGCCCAGAGUUGUUGAGCUUCUCUCCCCCACACAGCUGCAGGCAGGAAACACUCCCUAGAUGGUUUCCCGCGCGUAGUGGCAUCAGGGGAAGUUGCGCUCCCGCCAACUGGCUGGCAGGCGCACCGCUCCCCCCCCCCAGUCCACUAUCCAUGCAUAGGACGACCUCAGUUUUUUGACAUGAUAUUUGAGUCAAAAAACCUCGUCUAAUACAUGGAAAAAUACAGUAAUUGUUUUUGUGGAAUGAUUCACCCAACUCAACCCCAGUAUUGCAGACAUUAAGCCAUCUAAAUGUCCUCUUUUUUCCAGGCCUUGUGUGCCAGAAGCUGUUGUGUUUGACAAUGAAGAUGCAACUAAGACUGCUAAAGUUCAAAUUUCAAUGAAGUAAGCUGAGUUAUUUCUCCAGUGUUUUGAACUAAUAUCUUAAUUAAUUUCCAAUACUUCUCCCACUCUGGAGUCUUUUAUAUUGUGCAAAUAACUUUCAGUGUUCAACAAUUCAUGUAAUAUUUAGUUAAAUAAAUGGCAUAAAAAUAUUUUUUGGAUUUGCGUAUCUGUGGUGUUGAUGGGAGAAUAUUGCUGACUUGAUGACAGGGCCUCAGAGUACAGGCCUCUGGUACUUCUUAAUACAGUAUCCCUUGCUUAUUUCAGCAUAGUGUAAGUCGUGGGAGAAAUCUAACUGCAUGAUGGGCUGCCUGCUUUGAAUACAUUUCCCUCCACCAUAUUGUUAACAAUGUUAAACAUUUGUAUUCACUUUUAUAGACAGAAAGUGAAUUUCCCAGUCCUAUUUUGCAUUUUAAUGGACCCCUGAGUAAAUUAAUUCUGAUUUGCCAAAAAGUUUUGUCACUCCAUCUAGUAAAACCUCAGCGCCUAGGACUUGCCGAUCGUCAGGUCGGCGGUUCGAAUCCCCGCGGCGGGGUGCGCUCCCGUUGCUCGGUCCCAGUGCCUGCCAACCUAGCAGUUCGAAAGCACCCCCGGGUGCAAGUAGAUAAAUAGGGACUGCUUACUAGCGGGAAGGUAAACGGCGUUUCCGUGUGCUGCACUGGCUCGCCAGAUGCAGCUUGUCACGCUGGCCACGUGACCCGGAAGUGUCUUCGGACAGCGCUGGCCCCCGGCCUCUUAAGCGAGAUGGGCGCGCAACCCCAGAGUCGGACAUGACUGGCCCGUACGGGCAGGGGUACCUUUACCUUUAAUCCUAAACUUAAUUACGUAAAUUAAAUCCCACUGUGUUUGGUGGUAAAUAUUCUUGUGGUUGUAGACCUGUAGUCCAAUCUUGUGUGUGCACUCAGAAGUGAGUUCUACUGUUUUCGGCUAGUCUAAGAGUACACAGGUCUGAAAAUCAGAAAGUGUCUUAGAAUAUCAGCAACCUCUUUUGUGAUUAGGGUCAUUUCUAUCACUGCCUACAGUUAUGUUUUCUCUUUAUUUUCCAAUUUAGGUAUGAUGAGAAAAAUAAGCAAUUUGCAAUAUUAGUUGCCCAGAUGAAUAAUGUGCCUGUUCUCCUGCCACAGCAAGACCAGAAAGUGUAAGUAAGUGGAAUGACAUGCUGGACAUGCCUGUAUAAGAUUGUGGGAAGGAGAGGGGGAGAGCGAGACAGAGAAAUCAGUAUUGAAUAAGCUGACUAUCAAAAGAUAGAUAAGUGUCAACUUUAGCAUAUGGCAUGGGAAAUUGGAAUUAUUUUCUAAAAUUUGUUUCAUUCCUCUGUGCUUUUGCAGAUUCAUUGUCUUUUGGCUAAUUUGUUAUGAAGGCAAUUGACCAGCUCAUAAAGGAUCCAUUUUAUUGCUUGCAAGUGUGAUAACCCAAAUAUGCUUACUUCAGUUGUGAAGUAAAACUGUUUGUUGUUGUUUAUGUUGUUGUUACCCUAAACUUUAAUUAAGGAGUCUUGUUGGGCUGCAGUCCUAUACACGUUUACAUGGGAGUAAGCACCACUGAACAUGGGGAGGGACUUGAUUCUGAAUAGACAUAUAGAGUGGUACCUUGGUUCUCAAACGUAAUCCAUUCCGGAAGUCUGUUCAACUUCUGAAACGUUUGAAAAGCAAGGCAAUCCAGAACCAAUAACCAACAGCUGUGUCAGAUGUUUGAAAACACGUUUGAAAAACGUUUGAAAACCAGAACACUUACUUCAAGGUUUUUGGCAUUCGGGAGCCAAAAUGUUCGAGUACCAAAGUGUUCAAGAACCAAGGUUCCACUGUAUAGGAUUGCGCUUAUUAAGUCGGGUACCGUGCUUUAUAGGUACAAAAAUUAUAUUAAAUUAAAGUCCCCACUCCCAGAAUGCAUUCACAAUUUAACUUGAAAUGAAAAGAACAGUGCUUCCAAAUGUACGAAAUAGAGUUUCCACACUUUAACUGCUACAUCACUCUUUUGGGGUAUAAUCUCCAUAAUUGAACAUUAUGGCUACUCAUUAUCCUGUAGUAUGAGGAACCAAGCAGCAAACUACUCUAUUUAGCAUAAAGGAGUUCUGCUUGUGCAAUGGGACUCCACCCCACUUCCUGCACACCCCUAACCUCCCCCCCCCAAAAAAAAACCACUCUGGAGGGAAACCCAAAGCAAAGUGGGGUGAGAGUUCAGGAUGGGGGAGAGGAAGUCCUAUUGCAGAUGCAGAAGUUCUUUCACUUAAAAUAAGUUGGAGUUCUUGUUAUUAAAUAUACCAAGAAAAAAGCACACCAAGAACUCAGGCCAAUAUAAGUUUCAAUCUCUAUUUGAGUUUGUAAUCCUUGUCAGAAUACAUACUUCUGAAUGGAUUAAUUUUUGUUACUAUUGAUUUGUGAGUAGGGACCACUCCUACCGUUGAAACUUACAUUGGCCUGAGUUCUUGGUGUGCUUUUUUCUUCGAAGUUCUUUCACUAGUAUUGGAUACAACCCAUACAAAGGAAAUAGGAUGGUAAAUUUCGCAAUGCAGUGGUAUAUAUUGGUAUAAUUGGAUGUUCUGCUGAAUCAUAAUUUCAGUAGUGCUGGAUCCAAAGCGUUCCCAUUCACCUGACACACACCCAGUUUAAGGAGCGGGGUAGAAGAGGGGAGUACACCGCUGUAGUGCUGGGAAACCUCUUUUCCUCCAGCCACUCCCCCUUUUCCGCCUUGGCUAGUACAGGACUUAGCAGAGCAUGGGGUUUGGUAGCUGUAACAACCAUAGAUUGUCCUUCUAUCUGUCCUCAUUGAAUAGCUCACAGAAGCCUCUGUGAAAUACAAAAGUUAGAAGGAAACUUCCAUGGAGCACAUACAAGCAAAACUGCAAAUGUUAAAAGCGUUAAAUGUUAACUGACCCAGCUUGGUUUGCUUUUAAGGAGUACUCGUCUUGAAAAUAUUUUCUCGGAAGCAUAGGAAAUUAACUAUAGUAGUUCCGAGUCAAGAUUAAGCAUAAACUGGAGUUAAUAAAUGGGUUAAUGGAUUAAUGCAUGCAUUAUCUGACUAUAGUCUAUUUGUAAAUGUUUUUCUCUGUAAAAGAAUAGUAAUGAAUAGUUCUAGGAAACUGUAUAAUUAUCUGUCCUAAUGUCUUCCCAUAAGGGAAUUUCAGCAAGCUGUUGUUUGCUUUAUGUAGAUUAUGUGGCUCAUCACAGUUUUCUGUCUCUCUUCUGUCUGUGUACAAAAGAUGGGAGAAAAUAAUCCAAGACAGAAACAGAGGUUUUUAGACAGUCUUUCCCAGAUAUUUUCACAUGCCUGUAGCUCGUACACAAUCUUCCUGUCUUUAAUUUCUGACUAAGUUAUGCUAAUAAAUGAAAUUUCAUAUAUUUCAUCUUGCCAGCUCUGUAUGAUAGAUAUCCAACAGAAACCCUGCUGACAUAAUUAGACGUUGUAAAAUAGCAGCGCCUACUAUAUGGCUACUGUUUCAGGGCAAGUAUACAACAGCAUAGUGCUCAUUAUUAUAUUUGGGAUUGAUCCUGUUGCUUAUGCAAAGUUCUUGUGUGGGGACGCUGUGCCGAACUGUAAUAUUCUCCGCACAUGCUUGUAAAGUAAAUAAUGCUGAUUAUAGCUAUUUUUCAACAGGAGUGUUCGUGUGGCUAUUCUUCCUUCUUCUGAAAGCACAAGCUGUUUGUUCCGCACAAGCCUAAUGGAAGCAUCAGACAAUCUAAUUUACAAUGAAUUAUUUUGCGUUGCAAUCCCUUAUUCUGUAUUACGACAGAAGACAUUAAGGAUUGAUGUCUGCGCUUUGAAUAAGUACCACCUUGAAGAAUGCUUGGUUAGUGUUUGUUUAUGCUGUUCUCUUAAUGCUUUUAGUGUUUAAACUAUCAUUUGACUGAUAGAUAGUUCCCUGUAUAACUAUUACAUUAUCAGACAGAACUUUGUAACUAUUUUCUGGAAAGUAAUAAUUUUAUUUAUUUAUUUAUUUAAUGCACUUAUAUCCCUCCUUUUAAGGUAUUUGUGUCAGUGUUUAUUGAUACAAGGAUAAUGCAAACUGCAAACCAAUGAAAACAAGCUCAUAUAUUAAACAACUAGAGCUGUAAUCCUAAGCAUGUCUACUCAAAAGCAAGUCCCAUUUAGUCCCAUGGUGUUUGUUCCUAGGUAUAUGGGUUUAGGAUUGCAGCCCGUUAUAAUAGAGACGUCUGUUAUAAGAGACGUCUUUGAGAGACGGCUUGGCGUUCCUCGCUGUUCAUUGAUUUGUUUGAUUCUUUGUUUGACUCUGAUACAUAUAAAUGUAAAGGUAAAGGGACCCGUGACCAUUAGGUCCAGUCGUGGCCGACUCUGGGGUUACGGCGCUCAUCUCGCUUUAUUGGCCGAGGGAGCCGGCGUACAGCUUCUGGGUCAUGUGGCCAGCAUGAAUAAGCCGCUUCUGGCGAACCAGAGCAGCGCAUGGAGACGCCGUUUACCUUCCCGCCAGAGCGGUACCUAUUUAUCUACUUGCACUUUGACGUGCUUUUGAACUGCUAGGUUGGCAGGAGCAGGGACCGAGCAACGGGAGCUCACCCCAUCACGGGGAUUCGAACCGCCGACCUUCUGAUCGGCAAGUCCUAGGCUCUGUGGUUUAACCCACAGCGCCACCCGCAUCCCUAUAAAAACCGGCAUCCCUAUAUUUUGUGAGAUGUGUUUUAUGAUAUAUACAUCAUAUUGAAGUGGCUUAUUCGUAUAUUUUGAAUGACAUCAUAACCGAUUAUAUAUUUACUAACAGUUAUUAGCCAGCGUGUUGCAUUUGCAUUUUUGUAGAUUGUUAUAAUAGUAUCGACUAUAAACAUGAAGCUAGCAUAAAACUGUUAAUAAAAACUAAGCAGAACAAAAAUUACAGAUAUAUGUAUUUUUACCACUGGUCUUCUUCUGUCACAAUGAAUUUAUGAAUGCAUGACUUCAAGUUCUUGCCAUAAGGUUGCACACUUUCAUUUUGUUCUCUCUUAAUGAUGGUACCCUCACAAGCACCUUGGGAGCAUAUGGGACUGCCGGCAGAUGCAGCAGGCAGUGCUUACUGAAGCGACUUAUUUGUGUGUCUGCAUGGGUCAGUUGAUAUUGAAAAGUGGAUCCCAACACAAAUAUCCUGGGAGUGCCCAUGGCGCUUGAAGCAGGGGUUGCACUCAUGCCGAAGUGCUAUUUCUGCAAACUGGUCUUGCCAGGCAUGCUUGUAGAUACUGCCGGUGUGACUUCCCCACUGUGGGGCUGGCAGCUGAAAAAGGUGCUGCUGCAAUUAUGGAAAUCGUUAUCUGUGUAAUGCAGAAAUUGCAAGGGAAGGAAAAUUACAUACGUACCUCAAGGUCAUGCAUUUCUAUCAACAUAUGUUUUCAUUGCUAUUUGAAUGUUAUGAAGAUGUCCAUUGCUGCUCUUUUUUUUGUUUCUGCAGGGAGGUGCACAAAUUAGCCUCGCUGAGACUUGCAAAUCUGGAGAGAGGUCAACGCGUUGGUAUAACCUCCUUAGCUAUAAAUACCUGCAGGCGCAAAGUAAAAAUAAGCAAGGUGAUGUCUGUUCCAAACUACCCUGCACUGAAAAAAUGGUAAUAACUUGUGAAUGAAGAUGUUUUGCACAAGCCACACUACAAUUUUUCCAUGUAUAACGCAAGGGUUUUUGUUUUCAAAAAAAUAGUUUAAAAAUUGGGGGUCAUCUUAUACACAGAACAUGGGCAUCUGGGGGGAUUUUUUAAAUAUUUAAGCAAAUGUCUGGGAUUUUGGCUUGGGCAGGCUGAGGCGGUCCCUCCUGCCACCGUCCCCUCCUUCUCCUUUCCCUGCUGGCUGCGCACUGGCAGCUAGCUCACCUCCUGCAGCCACUCUUAGCUCGAGCACCAGAGGGAGAGCAGCCACUGCCAAGAGCUGCUUCGGCUACCUCUCCUCACCCUUCUUUCCUUUUUUCUCUCUCCCUCAAACCCCCGCCCCGCCCCACCCCGCCCCGCCCCACCCCGCUCCUCGCCUUCCUCGGCUUGGUUUGCUUGACUGCAUGGCCUGGCACAGACUGGGCCUUGGUAUCCUGCUUGGGAGGUUCCUGCCUAUCACUUCCCUGCAGCCCCAGAGGGGGAGCCUCCGCCUCUACUUCUGCACCACUGCAUGUACCUCACGCUGGAAAUUUUGAGGGCAAUCGGCCAAAAAACAUAUCAUCAACUUUCUGCCGCUGUCGCCGAUCGUCCGGAUUUUCCCUUCUGUUUUAGGGUUUUGUUUUCUUAAUUUUGGGUUCAAAAAAAUAGGGAUCAUCUUAUACACUGGGGCGUCUUACACACAGAAAAAUAUGGUAACACCUAUCAGAAAAUGUGAAGCUUUUGUUUUUCGCUAAACUGUGUACUUAGCUGGCAGAAUACUAUUCUCUGGGUUUCAGUAAUGAUAGCUUCGGUUGAAACUAAAUGGACAUUAAGAAAUAACAAUGUCAUUAACUCAUUCCCCACAGGACUCCGUAUCUGCACUGCUGGAACAGACUGCUGUUGAACUCGAAGCUGUAGAGAAAAAGCUAGAAGAAAGCAGGAGCACUUUACUUACUAGUGAGAACUGGUAAGUGAUAUGAAGCUGUUGUAUUACAACACUGCAGUGCUGUAGUUUCUAUGGGCUUUUAUGAUAAUAGUAAAAAGGAAAGAGUUAAAUUUAAGGUAAAAACAUGUAGUCAAAACAUGUAGUUGUGGUAGCAAUUUUGCCCAUACCCUUCCCUGAAUUCCCCAUAGAAGAAUAUUUCUCUCUAACCAUUUUUCAUUUUUCAGAAAUGAAGGAGAUAACAAGGUUAAAAGUUAAAUUCUUAACUUUUAGAAGUCAACCUUUACACUUCUAAUUUUUGAAGAAACUGUAUUUUAUUUUUUUACCUAAAUUGAAUGCAUAGGCUCUAGUUUAUUCCAUUAAUAGUGUGUCGCAACAGAGUGUAGCCUAAUCAGUUUAAUUUGUUUAAAUUAGUUAGAUUAAAAAACUGCUAAGGUUUUCCCAGAAAUGCUGGAGUGGUGCUUUUGUUAUGUUCAAAAAAGAAUCUGUGUGAUUGCCCAUUUGAGCCAGAUUGUUUUCUGAUGAUCACUUUAUUCAUAUGUAUAAGGCAAGUGAAAUACUCAUUCUAAAUGUUCUGUUUAUAACCUCUUGGGCUUGGGCUAAGCCCAACUCAUCUUAUACAUACCUUUUGGAGACCUUUGUUGCAUAUUGACAUGGAAGCGCACAACCUUUCUAUUAAACUGCGUGAAUCAACCCAGUAUAGUGAAGCAUAUUCACAAUUGGUGACUCAUAUCCCUGAUGACUAUAUUCCAUGCAACCAAGAUGACUAAUGUGAUAAGUCCUAGUACAAACAGUACAGCUUGCUGCAUGCAGUGACACCAUGUGGAAGGAUUGUUUGGGGUUUCUCUUCCUGGGUAGUAGUUCUGAGUUGUUUUUAAGACCUCACAAAGGAUGAAUAAGGUAUGGCGUGGAAUGUGGUGUAUCACACUGAUAAGCCCAAAUUUAUUCUCCCUUUAACUAGUAGCGUGCUCAUGCCACUGUAUUAUAUAGCAUUGCGGUGCAUCUCAUAGUGCUGUAGAAAUUAUGCUCACUUUGUCUGAGAAUACUGUUAGCUUUGCCAAAGCUCUUACGGUUGGUGUUCCAAGGGUGCUUUGCCUAUUCACAGUGAAGUUUUGUUAUGUAACAGGCAAGAUGAAGAAGAUGCUGAGCAAGAUGGCAACAGUGAAAAUGAAGAAGAAGGAGGAGGAGGGUUUUAUAGUGGAAGGGCAAUAUGGGAAACAGAAGAGACCACAUCCUUGUCACCGGCUGAGUCAGCAGCCAUCAAGGUAAAGAAAGCACAAGGAAUGCAAAGUCCUAUGUAAGCAGGUGAUUAGAAGGACAAGCUGACUUAAGCACUAUGUUAUUGCUGCAGUGCCCUUGUUUCACCUCUAACAUGAUGGAAUUGAGCUUUUUUGUUUUCCAUUUGCUUGUGAAUUGUUUGCUAGGCUUCACACGGCACAUGCUUAGUUGUGAACGCAUCAGGGAAAUAGUAGAAUACAAGUAUUUGGCAUACAGAAGGUAAGAAGGGAGGAAGCGAGAGACAUUCAGUAUUGGGUCUGAUGUUUAUUUUGUUUUGUUUUUCACUGUAGCCUGCAAACAUUAUUGCCAAGUGAGUUAAGUAUCUUCUGUAGCACUCUUACUGUAGGGUGAAACUUCACAUUCCGAACUAGUUGAAAGUCCCUGAUUUGUUGUUAGAAGAGAGUCAUGUAAAUCUCCAGUAAUGAGAUAUGGUGAAUCAGGCCAGCAAACUCUGCCCAAAUAUAUUGCUGUCAAAGAAUGCAGUAUACCUGUAUGACCUUGGCAGCACAAACAAAUAUUUGCAUAGGCAAACCAGGUUACGUUCAUGCUUCCAUGCACAGUUAUCUGUUUUCUCAAGCAAAUCUAGGAAGUUGUUGAACAGGCUUAUAUUUCUAUGUUAGCAGUUUUACAAGGAGAGCUCCUGGAUUCUGUUUCUCCUGUCAUUUCCUUCUGGCACCCUGCCCCCUCAGCUUCCAGCCAGUACUAAUUUCUUACAUAAAAUUGUAUUUAUAAAUUUUAUAGUCCAUAAUUCCAACACAGAACCCAGGGCACUUGAGACACUGAAAUGAAUGAGUUUAGCUUUAAAUAGGUUUAACUCUGUGCUGGAUUUUAACUUUCAUGUUUUCUCUCUCUUGUUAUGGUAUGUGUCUCUACUGUGGUGUUUUUAGAAUGCUGAUUAUAAAUUAAAACUUGAUGGUAGUGAUUCUUGUCUGAAAUGCACUAUAAUAUUAUUCUGCCCUAAAUACAUUGAAGAAAAAGGUGCAGAAUUCACCCGGUCAAUCAAACCUUAGAGCUGUAAGACAGACUGAUGGCACUUUGGUGGAGAAAAAUAAACUUACGAAUAUCUAUCUGUAUUGUAGGUGGAUAAAGAGACCAACACAGAGAGCCUUGCACAAUCUUCUGCGGUAGUUCGUCCAAAAGAUAAAAGAACUUCUAACCCUCUACGAACUCCUUUUGUUAGAGGCAGCACUAUUAUCCGUUCCAAAACCUUUUCUCCAGGACCACAGAGCCAGUAUGUGUGUCGGGUAAGAAAAACACUACUUUUCUCUGUCUGUGAACAGAAUACUCAUAGGUAGCAUAUACCCUCUUUCUGUAAAAAGUAGAUGAAAAUGUCACUAAGACGCUCAGAUAAAUUGACAUCUGAAAUCCAAUAUUGAAUGCCAUGGCCUAGAAGUAAUUAAAACAUAAGUUGCAAACUGCAAGCCAUGAUUCAGAGGACACCCAACAGCCCUACCCACACGUACAUAUGGAAUUGUUGGAAGGCACAUACAUAGAAACUCCAGUUGUGCUUUCAGUUCUCUCAAAUGCAAAAAAAGGUGUGAGGAUUUGGCGCAACCACUGUUUAAAGGGGAAAUCUGUAGGAAAAAUUAGUGAACAUGUGCCUCUCCUGCUUUCUUUUUCAGAUCCCCCACUUUUUGAAUGUGGGAGAAUUUAAACAACAGUGGUGUGUUCUUUCAGGGAGCUUCAGAAAUCCCUUAACACUUAGUGGUUGUUUCAUCUAUCUGGAUUGCACCCUAUAUUAAUGCAUUUUAAAAUACAUGUUUUCAUUAAAGAAUUACCAAUAUAGGCAGUCAAGGAAACAGAUUCAUAAGCACAUCAUUUAGUUUGUUCAUUUAGCUUACUCAAAUUUAAAGAAAUACAUUAUAAAACUGUCUCCUACUUGUAUUUAUUUAUUUGGCUUAUUUAUAUGGUGCCCUUUAAUUACAACAAAUAGUGAAGUGAUUCACAACAUGAUAGAACAUUUAAUAAUAUCUGAAAAACAUAUAGAACUACAUAUACUACCAAACAAUAAAACUGGUAGUAUAUAACUAUUUCUGUUAGGUCAGUAUCUGCCUAAAGUGACUAUAUGGAUUAUAGUAAAUAAGUUAUGUGUAGAUCUUAUCUCUGAUCACCCUUCCAAACUAAGGGAAACUUGCAUGUAUACUAUUGGCUCUUCUUUCAGCAGGAGUUAGAUCAGUUCAAUUUUGUAGUCAUACCUAUUUGGUUUGUCACUUUUUGACAGCAGAGCAGUUCUUCAUCUAAACAUUAACAGAAGAGUCUUUUGUGUACAUCCAGCAGUAGCAAUGUGUGCACUCACAGAGGUUCAAAUAUGCAAGUGUUGUUUUGUCUUCCAUGAACUGGAAAAUGUUUACAUCAGCGAAGAGAUCACAAUUUCAGGUCAUUUUCCAGUUCUGAGUCCCAUGGGAUUUUGUCUUCUUUCACGGGAGUCUCCCCAGAGUUUUGAACCAUGUCCAUUUUCUGUAGUUUUUAUCUCAGUAGGUGUAGGGCUCCUUUGAGAGGACGGGUGGGAUAUAAAUUUACUUAUUAUAUAAAUAAAUAGUUCAUUGCAUGUGAUGGCUGUCCAUCGAAAGAUAGCAGUUGACUCAAUUCUACAUGCCAUAGAAUUUCUCAAGGGUUACCUGUGUUACGACACAUAGGCUGAACUCUAAUCUCACCCCCAAAGCUUGCUUCCUAUAUUCUUCCCUGUCUCUCUAGAACUGGAAAAGAAGUUAGGGGACAACUGUGACAAAUAUCCUUAAGUGUUUUUUUUUAAUUUUAAAUCACUUGACCCUGAAUUAGAUUCUUUAUUACUGUGUUGCUGUAUUGUUUUCUUAAAAACUUAGCAUAUAGACUUACUGGCCAAUAUUCUUAAUAACAGACCUCAUGGGUGAGACCUCUGCCAAUUUUAUCCUGGCAUAAUAAUGAAUAAAGUGUUUUCAAAACAGUGUGACCUUUGCAUAGAGAAGGGUGGAGGUGAGAGGGAGAAUGUAAAUUUGAAAAUUGUGACUUCAACUAGGUACGAUAGGGCUGAAUAUGUGCAGUCCAUCUGUUACGUAUGCUCCAAGUUCACCUCUUUGAUUAAAUGUUUAUUCAUAAUUAAUUAGUUCCAGAAGACAGGAUCAGGCGGGACUAUAAAUAACCUUUCUCUUUAACUUCAGUCUGUGAAGCAAACAAGGAAAACACUGUCAGGAAGGUCCUUUCAUUGACGCAUGGGCUCGCUCUGCUGAGGAACGAGGUGUUCCUUCUGCACAUCAAGGCUGCCUAUUGCUGUGAUGAAGCACAACAGGGUCUGAUACACUUAUUGCUUCCCAAUUCAGACACUGUUAGGCUCACCAGCUAUCAAUUUUCCUUUUGAUUUAGCUGCAAGUUGAACUCUCGGCACUAGGCUAAACCUCUAAAUUGCAUCAUCUUGUUUUUUAAGACAGGCCUUUGGGCAACAGGCCAUGGAACAAAUAGCACAUGACAGGGGGCAUUCAGGCAUGGCAAGAUAGAUGGAUGGCUCAGUGCAGUGAACAGGAGAUGCACUAAAGGGUUUUCCAGAUUUUGCUCCAUUUACUUACCCUGAAUGGAAUGCAUUGGGGCUUCCAAAAAUAUAACAACACUUUUUAAAAAAAAUUAAAGUACUGUUUGUGUGAUAGUUGAUGCCUCAAGUAGGGAGAAGGAGUAUAAAGCUGCUUCCUUUGUUGCCAGAUCACUGCAUGUAGUGAGUGCCUUGAAUAUGCAAUUGGAAGGAGUAUCCCAAGAGCAAAGGAACAUUGUCUGAGUUCAGGAUAAAAAGUCACACAGAUAAAGGCUUUCCCUUGCAUCCUGAAACAACACAAAGGCAAAGAAUUUCAACUCUAGGAAUAUAAUCCUGUCACGCUUCUGCUGCUCUAAACAAACUGCGGACAUUCAAAUAUUAUUUUCUGUUGUGAGGCAGAUUUUAUUUCAGUAAUAUGGAUAAGUAGGUCUUUUGCAUUCUAUUACCCUGAUCCUAAAUAUAUUGCGUCAACGUGUUUGGCUGAAGAACCCAUUGCAGAACUCACUUUGCAUAUUCUGUUGCAUUCAAGCAGAGUAGCAGUUGGUAUAAACCCUGCUUAAAAAAAUAUUUCCCAAUGCAAGUCUUAGAGGCUGCGCUGUUUUAAGAUUCUAAUCCCACCUCAGCACAACCUUAUCUUGGCAACAUAAAAACUACUUUAUAUUGUCCGGCCAUUGGUCCAUCUAACUCAGUAUUGUCUAUUCUGACUGGAAGCAGGUUUCAGACAGGAGUCUUUCUACAGCCCUGCCUGGAGAUGCCAGGGAUUGAGGCUAGGACUUUCUCUAUAGAAAGUAUGUGCUGUCCUUCUCCGCUGUAGCCACUUCCUGUGUAGCCACCUCUCCUUAGAUGAGCAACUUUCCUAUCUCAGUGCCUUUGUUCAUUUCUCUUUUUCAGCUUAAUCGUAGUGAUAGCGAUAGUUCAACACUAUCCAAGAAACCACCCUUUGUUCGAAAUGCUGUGGAGAGGCGAAGUGUCAGGAUGAAAAGGGUAAAAAUAAAUAAAUCUUACAUUCUGUUUUCUUUUAUUGAGUUGUUGAGCUGUAUACAUUUUUUCACAAGCUAGCCUAGUUUUUUUUAAAAUAACGAUUAGUAAAACUGUUCUUUGUGUGCCCUGUUCCAGUUUUGCAUAUUAACAUCAAUGGCUCUUCAUGUUAUUGAAGGUUUGUGUUUCCAUUAAUGUGUCAAAGAGAAAUUAUAUUGCGGAGCAUUUGGCAUGUAGUUCUGAAUAAUUUUUGAAGCUGUCAUUUGCUGAAGCAUUUCUGAAGCAUUUCUCAUAAAGAUAUCGGGAUGCAUCCAAUGCUGCAACUGCCCUGGUGCAGGAGACUUCUGUGCAUGCAACAGAACUUCCACUUCCUCACUUCCCCCCUCCAGCCCUCUUUGCACUCUCAGAAUCAGCUCUGGAGAACUGGGAGACCUACUGGAGCAUAUUUUGGAGGUGCACGGGAAGGAGCAGAUGGAAUUCCUGUUGCACUGGAUGCAAACCAUUAUUUUCAGUUUGGUGUCAGCAACCAUUAGUAUUUCAAGUCUCUAUAAGCGUGACAAAGUGUAUCAAAGGAUAUCACAAUUCAGCAUUAUAAUAAAUAUUUUGUCGUUUUUGUUCAGUCUUCUGUUAGGUCCACUGGAGGUGAGCGUCUAAUCCGUACCUCACUGGAUCUGGAAUUGGACUUGCAGGCUUCAAAGACCUGGCACAACCAGCUGGUUCAAGAGAUCUCUGUCCUCAAGCAGCUGAAGGAACAACUAGAGCAAGCUCAAAGUCAGGGGGAAAAGGAACUACCCCAGUGCAUAGACAAAGAUGAACAAUUUCAGAUGUUGAUGAGACUAGUAGAGAAACAGGCAAGUCAUUCCUCGACUACAGAAUACUUUUUCAUUAUCAAUUAAAUUUUCAACAAGGGAAUAGGCUUCAAUUAUGUUUUACUCAGCGUAGGCCCAUUGUGAUUAAUGAACAUGACAAAGUUAGGUCCGUUGAGUACAGUGGGCCCACUCUGACUAAACUGUAGCUGAAUACCACCCUUGAUAUGUUUAAAAAAGCUCUCCUGCUGGUAGUGAAACCUGCUGGAAUCUUUGAGGUACUUUUUCAGCACUUGUCAUUUUAGUGGGAUUUAAAACACGUUCUGUCUCAGUGGGUCUAGUCAGAAUUGUCUUGUCUUGCCCUCUUCAGCCCAGUCUCAAAGAAGUGUAUGGCAUGGUGAAAUACCAUGAUAUCAUCUGCACCUGAUUGUCCAAAAUCUCUCUGUCUCUGGGAGUGUAUAUGAACCAAACAGAGAUAUACUGAGAGGUUGGGUACGUUGGCCCCCACCAAGGGUGCAGGCCCGGGGGGCGGGGCAAGAAUCACACCUCUCCACUCUGACUUGGAGUGGAGGCCAUCCUUGCCAAGGGUGCAGAGAAUGGGGGACGUGCUGGUACAGCUCCUUGCCAAGGGCACCAGGGAACCCCUGGAACCAAAGAUGUACGCAGCCUCUGAUGAGGUUCUCUGUCGGAAGGCAUAAGGUUGUAAUUCAAAGCUAAUAGGGACGAAGACCUGAAUAUGGUCAAGCGAGCUCAUCCAACACCCUGCUGGGCUUACAAUUGGUAGGGUGGAAGCAAGGGUGGAGCCAUGGAUUUCUCUCUCUAAUUUUUUUCUUGGUUGGAUACGCAGUGGGAUUUUCCCCACUGGAAACAAUGGAAAUCAUUGGCUCGCUUUAUGAACCAUUUCUCUGGAAUGGAUUACAUUUGCAUAGUGGGACCUGCAGGCAUUUAUUCAAGAAUUUCUGUACUGCCCUAUCAUGAAAUAUCUGGGCGGUUUAUAGCAAUACAAAUACAUUUUUAAAAAUAGAACUAUCAUUAAAGUGACUGGGUUUUUAAGAGGCACCUGAAAGUCAAAAGUGAGGAUGCCUGCCAAAUCUCUGAUCAGAGAUUGUUGACAGCAUGGGACUUGCAACACUAAAUGCCUAACUUAUGGAGGAUGCUAGUAAGGCUUCAGUAACUUGGGACAGUAGGUUCAUUACAAGCAUAAUUGGCAAGUCAGUGACUUAAAACAUCAAAAAGCUUUUAAAUUCCAGCUAAAACAUCUUUAAAAAAUAUCUGUUUGCAAAACCAGAUUAAAAAGUAUAUGAGGAGACACAUACUUUCCCUCUCAUCUACCUCUGUAUUUGUUCAUAUGAAUGGAAUUGUAGGAUUGAUGUUAAGCUCACAGGACCGUGUGCAGCAGGUGCAAGUGGCCAGAGGUAAGGAGGCUUUUUCUAGGCACAUUAGUAGGAACAAUAGUGCCCAUGAAAUCACUCUCCCAUUCUCGAUUCUUUUACAGCUUUGGUGGUUUAUGGCUCAAAAUAAAUCAGUCCCACCUGAAUGCCCUAUGUUGGACAUGGAAAUGAAGUGUUUUGUUUUACACAGAGGAUGCCAGAUUAGAAAAGAACCUAUUGUGCUUUUAUUUAAAUUAAUGGCUUCAUUCCUCAAUCACUUAGGUGGAAAAAGUUGAAUGUAAGUGCGAGCUCAAAGCUAAUAAAAUGAUGAGAGCAGCUGCUAAAGAUGUGCAUAGGCUACGAGGCCAGAGUCGAAAGGAGCCUCUAGAGGUGCAGUCAUUCAGGUAGGAAAAUGCGUUGCAGAUUUUGCUCAAAUGCAUGGAUUACCCCUUUCAUGUAGCUUCACUAACCAGCACCGUAAAAACCUUUGGCUGUAGAAACAAAGUAGUCAUGCUCAUAUCAUGGUCAUCUUCUGAUAAUGAGUCACAACCUUGUACGGUGUUUUCUGAAAACAGACUCCUAUUAUGAUGUCCUUAUCUGGCAGUGACACAAUACUGUCUUACUUGUCAGAUCCCUUUGUUUUUAAAUGAAUGACCUACCUAUAACAUUCUGUAGCAUGCUUAUCAAAUAGAAAACAGUGUGGGAUUUGAUAAAAUGCCUUUUGUGGUAGCUAUAGUUCAGUAAGAUUUAUUGUAUUGAAAUCUUUUGGCUUUGUUCACAUGGAAUGACAAUUUCAAAAGUGUUUUGGAAGUAUUACUGUAGGGCUUCUGUGAAGUUGUACAUGACAAGGCAUACAUAGAUUUUUUAUUUUCUGACUGUUGAAUAGUGAAGUCUUAUUUUUUACUUUCAUUAACAAUUGAUGUUUGUGUUUUGUAGAGAGAAAAUGGCAUUUUUCACGCGGCCGAGGAUAAACAUUCCUGCUCUCUCUGUGGAUGAUGUUUAAUGUCUAUUUAAGUAUUUCUUUUCAAACCACUUCAGAAAAGUAUAAUUUUUGUUUCACUGAAGUUUAUUUAUGUGGUAUUACAAAGGUACCAAGUCAUUUGUAUGUUGCAGCUCCAUGUCCAGAUUUUUCGCUUUCUCCAUGUCAUUGCAAACCCCACCAUUAAAAUGACUUGAUUAUAUAGUUUGUAUAUUUAGCAAUGUAUUUUUGGGAAAGAUUUUUUAAAUACGAACAAAUUCAGCUCAACAUUUUUGUUUUAAUAAAUUCCAUUUAGAUGUUUUGUACAGCUCUACUUUUUUUAAAAGAGGUUUUACCACAAUAAAUUUGAUUCUUGAGACAGCAAGAAUUCUUUGAUUCUUAAAUAUAUCCCAGUUCUUAUACAGCUAGCUUUUGCUAAUUUAAAUAUUUUUGUACCCAACAGAAGAGGAAAUAAGUUUUUUUAAAAAGAGCUGUAAAUGAGUGCUCUGUGAGCUAUGAAACACUUCGAUUACUUUCCAAGUCAUAAAAAUGGGUGUGGAGUUCAAGAUAUCUACUGCACUUUAAUUUGGAGAUUGUUACUUCAGCUCAUUAUGUACUUGACCUAUAAAAAGUUCCAAAGCUCAGUGAACCCAUUUCUAUAUAGGGAGAGAGCUACAUGGAACAUAUGCCCCUGUGAGACUUUCUGAUGGCUGUGUUUUACUGAACAAAGAAAAUAGAAUCAUGACCAACUAGCAGUCAAAAAUAAUUCCAUCUUUUAAGGAAAAUGACACUUGGUUUUUUAUUUUAUUUUAUAUUUCAAGUUGGUUUAAGCAAGCAAAGAAAUGCUCAUGAAAUCCUAACACCUGAUAAAGAGCUUUUACAAACAAGUAUUUUGACCAAAAUUUUCUAUUAAAUUCUAAGCAGUCUUUUGUGGGUUUCUUUAAUCUAAUCUCCCUUAUUUUAUUGAUUGGAAUAACUGAUUUGGAGUGGGUUGCCUGUUGCUACUUUUGAAAACAGCUACUAAACAAAAUACAAUGAAGCCUUGUCUAGAAAUACUGUAACCAUGUCUAAAAGCCAUAGUUUACCAUAUUGUUGUUAGUAUUUGUGUAUAUAUUUUCCUCAGCUUGUUCACCUUGGUUGGUAAUGUGUUUAUCUUGACUUGCGUGCACACACAAGCAUUCUCUUGCUUACACUCUCACCUUUGCCUGUGUGUACACACACACACACACACACACACACACACACGGGGGGGGGGCAUAUAUGCACGUAUGCACAGACUAUUCAGGCAGUAUAUUCUGGAGAAAGCUUUCAGCCUAGUGUGAGUCCUAUAUCCAGGCCUUAUUCUGCUCCCUGUCACUGUGAGGUGUGGGAACAAAUUGUGGUACGUAUACUGUUUUUUAACAUUAGUAUAUUGAUGAACACUCAACUUUCAAAAAUCACAGACAUAAAUUAUUUAAGGAUACCAUGUGUGAAUAAACACAUGUGAGAGCUUUAAACUCAAACCAUGUUGAAUUAUUUGGAAUGUGAUACCUGAACAGGUUCACACACUUUCUCCAUCUUUCACCAGCACCACUCCCCCUCCCAUUUCUCUACCUGUUGCCAACACAAGAAUGAGAACAAUGGGGAUAGGAAUACAAAGGCCUUAAAGGUCCACAAGCCAAGAUGCACCUUCAUGAGUAAAGUUGACGAGUGGUUUAAAACUGGAAGUCUCUUGAGAUGUACAUAGUUCUUUUUCAUGUAUAAAAACACUUUAAUAGGCAAGCACUAAAUGAUUGACUUUAUAUCUAUUUUAAAUUUUUGUCAGGAUUAACAGAUUAAAAUUGCUAUAGAAAUUUAUAUACCUAAUCUCUGUCUCUUUUUCUGACCGUGUAAAUGAUGUUUCUGAAUUGUAUCAGUGCCUGCUGCUGAAGGUAUAGAUCUUUAAGACAUGUUUCAAGCCACACUUUGAGUUGGGGAAGGAAGAUGCUUCUCAGGGGCCAAGAAGCUGUGUAGGCCUUUGUUGUGUAUAAAAUUUUAAAAUACAAUUUGUG